AUGAGCGAGAACAAGUUGCCCCGUGGUAAAGAUGUGGUGUUUGUCCGCAUGCUGAACUUCCUCGGUGAACUGACAAGACCUACUGAGGGACGAGUAGUCUCCAUAGUUGGUACGGUGUGGGUCAUUUGGCGCUCCGAAGAGGCCUAACGAUGCAUUGGCUCGUCGCGACGUUCAGCAGCAAGGCGCAACAAGGGCGUAAACAUCAUUUUCGACGCGCCCGUUACUGGGUCGAUUGUGCUUUGCCUGUCACGCACAUCUAUUAUGAGCACCUUUUCGCCUUUGCUCUACUGUCACACAUGACUGGUUUGGUUAUGACCAGCACGGGACCCCCUACUUCGGUAUACCAGAUUGAUGGGCGUUUAUAUGGUAAGUUUUUAAGUUUUUUUUGUUGUGAUGCUUUACGACUGCUUUUCAAGGGUUUCCUAAGACGUAUUGACUGUUUGUUUAUUUUGUGCGAACGGAUCACAUAGAAUUUAAAUUCGUCAGUAUUUCGAGGGUGUAAGUAAUGACUUCAUCUCCGUCCAUAUUCUUUUCGUUGGUGUGCAUAUCGUCUGGGUCAUAAAACUGCUAUAAUAAGUUCGUUUUCGUUGUUUCGUUUUGUUCCGUUUGAUAGGGUGACCGUCACUGUCUGCCACUUCCAUUUAAUCUUUGAGUCACCAUCGUUUCCUGCGGCCUUUACAAUAUGUAAAGGUGGAGCGCAGGGUUCUUCGGUGCCGGUAAUAGGUGGUUAAUCGAGUCCAGUGGAGGAUUAAUUACACUUAUUCUCCAAGUGUCAUUAAUUCGCAGCUUACAUAUCCGGCUCCAAAUUUUUUUAAAUACCGUCGAAAAUAGCAUUGCCGUUCGAAACACAUUAGAUAUUAUACUAUUGAAUGCUAGGUCUGUUAUAAACAAGAUGGCCCAAAUCAGAGCCAUUGCUCUGGAAAUGACGCCUGAUAUUAUAUGCGUAACAGAAUCUUGGACACAUCCUCUAAUUCCUGACUCUGCCCUUCUCAUAGAUGACUUCGAUUUUUACCGCCAAGACCGCACGACUAGGCGUGGGGGUGGUUGUCUUCUUUACCUUUAUCUUUAAAUCCUACCUAAAGCACUCUCCCUAUUACUUGGAUGUUUCCUCAUUCACGGGAAACUUCUGCUUUGCAUCUGUUAUUCUCUCGCCGCAAAGAAAGGCAAUUAUUGGCUGUAUCUACAAUCCCCCAAAUUCUUUAGCCAGUGAUGACUCUCAACUCUGUGAAAUUUUUAAAUUAAUUUUGGAAGCUGCUUUCGAUGUUAAAAUAAUCACUGGGGAUUUUAACCUUCGUGAAAUAGACUGGGUUUCCAAUAGCUGCCCACCCAGAUUCCAGCCCUUUCAAGAUAUUGUCAAUUUUUCUAAUUGGUCCCAACUGGUGCGCUCUCCAACAAGAGAUAAUCACAUUUUAGAUCUAAUCUUUACCAAUGACAUUGCUCCUCUUUCUGUUGCUUUAAAAAAGGACCUCUUUGACAGUGACCACGUAUUAAUUCAUUGUUGCCUACCGCUUGCCUUUUCAAAAAAGACAAGCGCCGUUCAGACUUUCAUGAACUACGACUGCGUAGUUAGCGACUUAAUAAAUAACUAUAUGAGAUCCUUGGAUUGGUGUGGCUUCCUCACUUGUAGCGAUGCAACCAUUCUUCGUGAUGUCAUGUCCAAUGUUUCCAAGGACAUUCUAGAGUUUGUGCCGCGUAGAUAUCUGAAGCCUAAUUCUUCAGAUUCCCUUGUUCCUCAUUUUCUUCAGAACAGACUAAAAAAGUUGAGGCGGCAGCUGCGUGACCUAUCCACUAGUUCCUUAUCAUUUCAUCUUAGAAUCACAGAGAUUUUUGAGAUGGCCUCAAGGAUGCGCCAAGCGCGCGACAGGCAAAGAGAAUCAAUUGCUCUCAGUGAUUCGAACCCUGGCAAAUCCGUCGCCAACAUCUUCCGUCAUCGGUCCUCCUCUAAGCGUGGUCAUGAACUUGCACCCAUGCUAAAUGAUAACAAAGUCUUCCUCACCGAUGACACUGACAAGGCGGAGUUGUUUAGUGCUUUCUUUGCAAAACACCUUGCUACCGAGUCCGAUCCGGUCCCUUUCUUUCUAUCACUUUCAGAUAGGACACUGAGUACAAUUGAUGUCUCCUCAGAUCUCAUUAAGAAACACAUAAGCCCUUUGAAAUACUCACACUGCUCAGGAACGGACGGGAUUACGAAUUCGAUUAUUAAACAAGCGCCCGACCUUCCCAUAUUGCUUAGUCAUUUAUUCUCUGUUUAUAUUUCAAAUGGAUUCUUUCCUGAAACAUGGAAAACGUCAAUUAUCAUUCCCGUUUUCAAGUCAGGAUCUCGGUCCGAUGUUAAUAACUAUCGGGGCCUGCACAAAACGCCGUCUCUAUCAAAACUUCUUGAAAGGAUUAUUUUCAAUGAAAUUCUUGAUUUCUGUCUAGCUAAUCGGCUUCUGAGCUCUAGUCAGCAUGGAUUUUUACCUGAACGAUCCUGCGAAACAUGCCACUUGGCUUUUCUUAAUCAAAUCACCUCUCUUCGUAAUGAGCGGCAGUCAGUGGUAGUUAUUUACUUUGAUCUUAGCAAAGCCUUUGACAAGGUGCCCCAUAGACGUCUUUUAGUAAAAUUGGAAGCUCUCGGCAUCCGGCCGCCUCUACUCGACUUCAUCCGGUCCUAUCUGUCCAACCGAUAUCAGAAAGUCAUGGUCGGUAAAAGCUACUCGACACCCCACUCGAUCACGAGUGGCGUACUUCAAGGCACGGAUCUGGGUCCGCUACUCUUCCUUCUGUACAUCAAUGAUAUUUCGACUGAACUCGCAAAUUCGCAAACUUUUACUUAUGCCGAUGACCUCAAGUGUGUUUACUCAUACUCUAAGGACACCGCAAAUGUUUGUGUUGAAAAAAUUAAUGCCGAUUUACUACGCUUAAGCAGAUGGGGUUCGACAUGGCAGAUGGAGUUUUCAUCAUCCAAGUGUAGUUUCAUGUCUUUUGGUGCUGCUGAACUUCCUGGUCCCAUAAUUUUCCAGAAUAACCCACUCUCAGAAUGCCUCACCAUAAAGGACCUAGGUCUAAGUUAUACAAACAAACUUGGUUUAUCACCUCAUGCAGAUAGAAUCUCUGCCAAAGCCGCGCAGAUAUUUGGAUUCAUAUCGCAUAAUUUUUUCCUUCCGGAAAUGAAGCUAAGACUAUAUCAAAUGUUCGUUCUUCCAGUCCUCGAAUAUUGCUGUCCUUUCUUCGGUUUAAUGAACGCCUGCGAGCGUAAUAAAAUCGAAAAUGUUCAGAGGGUUUUCACCCGGAAACUGUUCUCUCAAGUUUCGUCCGGUAUUUCUUAUACUCAGAGAUGUCAGCUGGCGAACAUUAAGUUUUUUUGGGUUAGAAGACUCGAAGCUGGCCUUUGCUUCCUUUUUCGCAUCCACUCUAGCUCCAGUCUUCCGCACAUUGACACUCUCACUCCGACAGAUCGGUCUUAUGCAACGUGCAACUCCUGCAUGGUGAUUCCGCCGCCUCUUUGUACUACAUCUAAGCGCUCCCUCUUCUUUGCUUCCAAAUAUGCCUUCCUUUGGAAUAAUCUUCCGCCUGAAAUUAGAUUAUCGCCUAAGUUACUGCUAUUCAAGUCGAAAUUACGCAACCAUCUUACACCGGAAAGCAUAAAGGCACUGUUAACGGUCUCAUUCUCGAACACUCAGAUUCUUGACUUCGAGAAGGGUCCUCCUGGGAUUUAGUGGUAGAUUAAGUGGUAACUCCUAAUUAUGUCAUUAGAAACCCCUGUUUUGAAUUGGUUUCUAAAUCCAUUGCUAUCCUCCCCCCCCCCAUAACGAAAAUUUUCGCGGUGUUUGAUGUCAUCUCCCGCAUUCCGACCUCAUGCGGUCUGUCGACGCUCACGGCGGAACCCUCAGUAUUCAGCGUCUACUAGUACUUCGGUCGUACCUCCCUUCCUCACUGCUCGGCUUAGCUCGAAGCGUGCUGUGGCCGAACGCAUCUCGGUUCCUCUCGUCUGGCCUCUUUGACGCGGCGUACCAAUCCGGCCCAGACGAUCUCAAUUGUGAAUCCCGUAUACAAUGCCAUUUGCAAGCCAGUCCUGUCUGACCCACAUUCGUACCCAUCAAGGCUGACAUUUAUUGCUACCCUGAUGAUGACCGACAACAUUCCCUUAUAUACCGCCACCUACAGGCCAGUCCUGCUCGCUUUUUUCUGUUAUUAUUUUUAUGGAGGGGUUUUUUUUCUCCUGUGAAAUUAAUCCAAUCAUUUUUAACUUUUUGUAAGGAGUUUUUUUUCACACCUCAAUCAUCAUGUUUCUCAAUGGACUUCUAAUUCAGAAACUAGGAAUUGCAUUUUGUAAAGAUUCGGCCUACCUCGUCUAAAACUCGCAUGCAAAUUUAUUUUAACUUGCUUUGAUGGGACCCCGACGGGUCUUUAAUAAAAAUUAUCUAUCUAUCUAUAUUUCUGAUAGCCUUUGCCAUGAAAAAUAGGGAACGGCAUGCAGGAGCGGAAAAAUUCGAAAUUUUCUGAACAAAUAGUAUUUUUUACAAUCGGUAGAUUGAUUACGCGCAGGUGAUUAUUAGAGUCCGUCACUGACCGAGAUAUCCUUGGUUCGAAUCUCACAUACGACAAUAAGACUUUGUCCUACGCAGUAGGAUCGCGGACGUUUACAGUUCCAAUACAACCAAGAACUGUAAGAAAUCGCAUUAAUUUGUAAACGUGCAGCUUAACCUUGUAAGCAGCUAGAUAACACAGCGGUCAGGGCAAUUAUUUUCCAAACGAAGUUAAGUUUAAAAUCCUAAUUUGAAUAAACGAACGAAUAGGCUUUCAAAGAUUGCUUGUCAGUAGGUGAUCGUUCGCUACUGACUUCCACUUCUUCAUCGAGAUAAGACGAAUUAUGCUAUGUAUUAGUACACCACUGUUGGAUGUUAUUAUUGGUCUUUGCGUCCUUUGCUGUCGCUACCAACAUCUUAAGACAGACCAGUUAUGACUUGUUUGUCGAAGAACACACUUUCGAAGUUAGAUGGUGAAAGAGUACGUGGAAUCCCGCACUUAAUUUAGAGUUACACCACUUGCUAUUCACUUAUUCUAGUUCCGCCUUAUAAUACAAGUUGAAUAAAACUUAAAAGGUGGGGCCAUCGCACCAGCAGCCCCUUAUGCGGAAAGAGGACAAAUUCAACUCAUAGAACCCACAAAAAAUUUCAUGAUCAGAAUGGCAUUACCGACAUUCUGCCAUUCUGCCUAUGUAUCAUGCGACGCUGUGCGGCUGCUGGUUGGGCUCGAGAGAGAGCCCUUAAGGCACAACGGAACGAGUGAGUUCCGUAUGAACGAUCGAUGAGCGCCCCCUACCAUCAAAUUUCAUGAUGCCUGCGGCAGAGCCGCGCAAUAACUCCAUUUACUCGCAAGGGCUUCCAGAAUAAUGACACAGAAAUUUAAAUAUCCCCUAGCCACAGAAUAGUCUUCUGCGUAUCUCCUUCGUAUGUAGAGGUCCUAAGUCAAGUGCGGAUCAGAGAAACCAGGAUUGUCCCUACACAGAGGGCCACGACGGAUCUAGUCGGGAGCCGUGUUAUAGCUCAUAGAGUCGGAUUUAGCUACUGAUUGCAAUUUCAUACAACGGCCCUAAAUGGCUAGAGACCGUGCCACCAAACAGUUUGUUGCGUCUGCGCCCAACUUUAUCAACUGGUAUCUGUUCAAUAUUUCGACUGGAGAGCAACAAAAAGUACGGCCGCAAUUUCUUUAAUCUCAUCGAAAAGUGCAAAAUAGUCCAUAGUUCCUCUACUACAGUAACCAUCUCUUUGAACGCUAUUGGCACUGUUGUAUUUGCCGUUACUUUAUUGGCGCUGUUGAUCGUCCUCAUAUGAAAGUCAGAAAAAAGGUCUUCAGUUCAAUUCUGUUUAUAGAGACGUAAAUAUGCCUGAGUCAUUGAACAAUCAAUUUGCGGCGUACAGUCGGGUAAAUUGCACAGUGCAAACAUGCGUGUUUGAAAUAUUACAAAUGCGACCAGAAAAGUAUGAAAAUUUGUAUACGGGUCUCCAGGGAUGAGUUUAAUUUCCCAUGGUUUUGACUUAGUUUGAAGUAUAAAUUUGUCAUGAUUCCUCUUAAAGAUCUCAUUUUUGACGAAAUUCAAAAGAUAAAAGGAAGAUUCGACCGUACCAAAAGAGAAGGAGAAUUUCUGCACAUACACGCAUACACACUAAACGCGCAAUUUUAACGGGUAAAUUAGUAGAUUGGAUUUUAACAAAUUCAGACGAACCGCUAAAUGCCAGAUUGUAAUUCAGACACUCCACAAGGCGGAAAGCAUGUAAAAAACCAGAUUACGUACACCUAUAACUCAGAGGAAAGAAGCUUGGAUUCAACAGACCAGUUGCUGGGGACGAGAAUUUUUUACCCUUGCACAUUUUGAUGAAUUUAUUCGAGCUCUUUCGAUAUUAUAUUGAUCCUACACUGUCAACGACCGUAAUGAUUUGACAUACACCAAACCAAUGUUCCGAAAAUCCCGGGAAUGGGUAAUGUCCAAAUCCCUCUAGCUGUCCCCUCGACGACAUGUAACACGGACAUUGCGCACUUCGUCACUCUCCAGCAAUGGGCAAAUGGUUUUAAUAGUUCGCCAUCUAUACACCGGGUUCCAUCUGUGUUAAUAUGCCUUGUAAAGAUGCACAAGCAAGAAAGUGGUUCCGCCUGUCAGCGGAUCUGGACAGACAACCAAGGCGAAGUAUGGUGUAUUAACCAACGGUUAACUGCAAAACGCAACGGUUAAGCCAAUCUUCCAACCGAUUUAGGUUGGCAUACCGCCAAUAUUAUUGGGGAAAUGCUCCGGAAUACACUCUAAAUUUUCACGGUGUCGACACACAUUGCUGUCCCACAGUCCAAAUAUCUUGGGCGAUCUGAAGUAUAAAUCAGGGGAGAAGAAUGUCCGAUACUGGACUCUCGGGUAUCCCACUCUCGAUCGUAGCAAUAAUUGAUCCUUACUGACCCAUGUAAACAACCUGACGCUGCGUCACAAGCAGGUUUUCGACCCCUUAGGGGAAGUUAUCUGUCUAUUGCAAAUACUAACCAAAACAACAUAAUAAUGUAUGCAGGAAGACGUAGCUCUAAGCAAGGAUUAUUGCGCUUAACCUUUGAAUAAAAACGAGAAAAUGAAUGAAAAUGACAGUGAACGUGAAUUGUUGUGGACAUACAAAAGUGAAGUCUUCUCCAGUACCAGGGUGUUAUAAAAAAUUUGGACCUUUUUAGGUAGUUCAUAAAAGUUUUGGGCUGGUCCAUGUUAAUGGUGUCUGUCGUCCGGUUGAAUCCACAGCCAACGAGGUGUAGCUGGGAUGUAAUUUCAGAUGAUUACGCGCUUGACUGAAAUUGAUGUAGACACAUGGGAGGGAUUAAUGAACUGCCAACAUCAAGCGGCGGCGAAUUCAUAGCGCGCGUUGCCGCAAGUCGAAACCGGUUGCUGUGUACACUUUAAAUGGCUCAAAUAAGAGUCCAGAAAAGUUCAGUCUUACAAAAAGUACGAAGAGAAAAAUCGAAGAUGUACAUAAAGCUACAUCUCGAUCCUUCUGAUUUCAAGUUUGUUUCACGGUACCUGGUGUCGCCAAGCCGUUUCAGUACCGGCGAAUUCGGAGACUCGCCAAAAGCGACGUGCACAGUGUUCCUUUCCUUCCUCUAGUAAAGGUCCAGAGAAACUGCAAUAAAUUUCCGCAAGCGCUGUUGAUAGCUCGGAAAUAGUUUGGGAACCUCUAGAAAUUUUACUAAUUCAUUAUAAUCCACUCACGAACUUUGCUGAGAAUGCUGGCCAAGCCUAUGUGUCCGUAAUUUGUCGUCGGUACCCGGCUGCCACUUGUAGAUAAGGGAGUAAUAUCCGCCAGUUUCCAAUAUUAGGAUAGUGUGCCAAUAUCAAAUGAAGUAUGGAAAAGCACUGACACGAGUAAGGAAGAUUAACUGGCAAGUCCUCCCGGAAGCUUGGAGAUUUUGAAAUAACUUUAUUUUAAUCCAUCACAUUUUCUUGUGUCAAGAUUUUCUGAGAAAGGGAUAACUUUUCUGCCUGGAAUUGGCAGAUUUCCACGGAUGACGGAAGGAAACCGUUGCGUCCACAUAGAUUAGUUAGAAAAACUCCGAAGAAUAUUUAGCCCAAGUUCCGUUUUUAGUAGUUUCAAUGUCCUCUGUUGUUCUUUUAGCGGGAUUUGAUUUGAUCACGCCUCCCAGUCUGGUUUUCUAUACCUUGCAAUGAUUGGAGUAUUUUAUUUUCCCGGUGACUCAGCAUUUUUUCCACAGCUAAAAGUCUUGUUAAUUUCUUUCUACAGGUUACUUGGCCACCCGGAGGCCUUAUUCUGCUACAUAAGCGACCAUGUUGAAUUGUUAACCCAAAUUUAUGUCGCACACUUUCCCCUGCUCUCCGAAAGAUUACGCUUUUUCUUUUAUUCUAACCUAUUCGCGUUAACAAGUCCUCGUCGUCUCGACUACUUUAAAUAUAUGCUUCUAAUUCAUGCUUUUGACAUCUAAUUUGCUCACAUCAACACGUCUUAAAUGAAAACAAAACAGGCUGCCGCAAGGAGAGUGUAAACCUAGGCAAGCAAGUAAACAAACAAUAUCACAGAUUUCAUGUGAGGCGCAACGUCAGGUUAUACGUAAUUAACUGUAUGCAUUUAAUUUAAAAAAGAUGGGGUCCAGAAACCGACAUCUCGGAGAACCACAUUAACGGAGAACUUGACUUUUUGAUGCAAAAGUUACAACACCCUCGUAAGCUCAGAAAAAUGCGCUUGCGUCAUCUUUUUCACUUUACUUCCUAACUGUACCUCAAUUGAGAAUUGGUAAAUUUCCCUUGCUUGCCGCAUACCCAUUGAAUUUUGACCCUCAGGAAUCCACUUGAGAUUGACCUAUGUCAUACAUAGAACUCUUAAAAAUGCAAGUCCUCAAAACAAUUCGAAAACUGCAUCAAUGCGAAUGAGCAGUCAGUGCCCGUUGCAUUUUUUUAGCUUAUUUAUGCUGUGUAUUUCGCUUGCUACUUCCCGCCUUUCGCACCACGAAAACACCCUGUCAAUCUUUACUUACCACUGCGGUGAUCAGUUGUACUUCCUAAAUAUGAAAAUGUGUUAACGAUGUGACAAGAGUUCCUACCGACUUCUGUGUCUUCCCUUCACCUACGUCACUUCCACGACAAUUCUCACAAUUUCUUUUACUGCAUCGCGAUGGUAUUAUGUAUAAACUUGAUAACAUUCAAAGUUACUUUGCGAUAGUGCGUUCGAGGAGUUCGUAAUUUUUGCAAUACGUUUUGAUUCAUUCUAUGAACAAUAAAAGUUUAAACACAGAUGUGUAAUCUAACAUGGGUUUAUUAAUUAGAUUCUUAUGCUACUCAUGUGAUAGCGCUGUAAAUUUCGAAGCAGAUACGUAAGCCCUCUUUGCUCGUACUUUGUAGUAAACUGUUUAAUUUAAUGCAUGUUUUGCUCUAGAACCGUGAUCUGUAGAACUUUUGAUUGAUUUCUUCAAAGUGGUCACUUAUGGCCUGUUUUUUAAAGUCGAUAACUACGCAUCUUUUACAAUUUAUAGUGCCGAGAGAAACUUUCGUUACGCUAACAACAAAUGACACCUAUUCGAUUGGUGCCCUGGUACUGGGUCACUCACUGCGCCUCGUCAACACAAGGAAGGAGUUAACAGUUUUAAUAACUGAGGGAGUGCCGCAUUCCUUUCGGUAAAUUAAAAGGAUGUUAUCAUAUGUGACCAUUCAGACAUCUUCUCCGGAAAGUUUACGACAACGUUAUUGUUGUAAAACAGCUGCAAAGUACCGACAAUAAAAGCGCCUAUUUCCUUAACCGCCCUAAUCUUGGAACAACGUAUACCAAGCUUCACUGUUGGAAGCUCACCGAAUUUUCAAAGGCUGUAUUUUUGGAUGCGGACAUAAUUGUGAGUUUUGUUUUUCUCUUUCUUUCAAAAUUAAUAUUUCGGUUAUCAAUGCAGCACAUUUCAAAGUUAACUGGGGUCAUAUUUAAAACUCCAGACUGUUUUCACCCUCUUUUGUUAAGAAAGGAGUAGUCGAGUAGUAUAGUGAACACUGUGUUAUUAGAAACUGACUUUAUGAAUUUACAUGCCCAACACGGUUAUUUAUCUAAUGUUGUCUGACUCAAGUCGCCGCAUAAAACGGGUUAUUUUAUUUAAAUGCCUGUGCUAUACUUUGUGUUCCAGGUCCUUUAACAAAAGAGCUAGGAAACUGUGUACCAAAGCCGGCAUAGUUGACAAUUUUGCAAUUAUUCUAACAGAAAACUUAGGUGCACUUAUGACUUACGCGUGAGGUUUAAGUGUAAGUUUGCUAUUCACAGGAACGACAAUGCACACGUCAACAAGCCUGAGUUGCUUGUUACGAGUAGAAAGUUAAGGUAAUUGCAAAAUAUAUUUAUUGAAGUGUAACCCAUGGCUGCAUUUUUAUCCCCUUAUUUCGUUCAUAAAUAUCUUUUAAAUUGGAGACUAGAUUAUAACAUGACUGAAAAAGCUUUUGUUAGUAAUUAAAUUAUCCUACCUCAUAUACAUGACGGACGAACGAUCACAUUUACGCAAAGCUCAGGAAAUUUAUCUGAGCACAUUUUAACGUAUCGCGAAGCGUGCCGUAAUGCACGUUGUUUGGAAUUAACUAUACUGGGGGUUCACUUAAGCAUGUAGAAAGAAAUGUCGAGAAAUCAGGCACAGACUUCUAGUAAUGGAAAGUUUGUGGUGCCAAUGGCUUGCGCGGAGAUAUUGCACAGAUAAGUAACCCAUAGGGUUACGUAGAAAGUCAACUGAAGAACUGUAAUAUAACAUUCAUUUACUAGGCGAAUUGCAUUUUAACUUAACACGGCGUCGCGUACUCAAGCACGCUCAAAUAAAGAGGACUUAUAAUCAAGAUAUUUUCCUAAAAUUAGGGUGCAUUCAGGAUUACACUACCAGAAAUUUUCAUAAUUAGUUGCCAACUAACUGUCGUUCAGCUAAUGCUAAAUGCGCAAACUCUGAUACACCAGAGUUUGUUUGACUAGAUAUGCUAAAUGGUGUAUUGUCCUUUUUUGUGGCCGUUCCUCUUUUCCUUCCCACAGACUUUGUGUUUAUGUUAGCAAGUAACAUCAGACUGACAUAAACUAAUAAGAGUAACUUAAAUGUAAAAUAGGGGCAACUGCGAUGCAUUGGGCGGCUGCGUUAGACUUCUUCGGGCCACUUUUGGCUUCCUUAAUUUGCUAAUGCAACACACUCAUUUUCUAAAGCACCAUUCAAAACAGGUUUUGAACUUAUGAGAAUAUUAGAGCCCAUUGAAUGGAAAUGAAAGGUCCUGCAACAGCCAGAAGAGUUCGCAAGACAGAUGUACAUUUGUUUUUUUCGUCGUGACAAACAUUAGUUUUUGUCUGAGGGGCCAGAUAUUUUUUACGACUUAGCGAACACGCCAACACAUGCAGAAGGCGUACGAGGAAGGCCAGUGAAAUUUCAGCAUAAAUAAUAGGAAAACCAGAAAAAGUAAUGUAAGCACUCUAAAUUUCAACUGGUUUGACAGAUGUCUUAACGCUGGUCUUGCAAUUUACGCAAGUAAAAAUUAAAUACGUAACAAAAUUGAGUAUAUGCGGCUAUAUGCAUCUUUCUUUAAAAUUUAGUGUAACUUUAUCAACUCACAAUUAACUAAUAGACUCAUCAAUUUCCUGCUGAUUUUCGUGCCACAGCAAACUCUUAAAUUCUUACAGAAAGAGCUUGAGGAGUAACUGUUUUGCCUAUUUAAAUCUAAUUUGCAUUUGCGAACCCAGCCAUGAAACUGGCGACGAACGUUUACAAAAACCUAAUGGGUUCCUGUGAAGAAAUUUUAUCGUCUAAGUAAACACGGUUUUGUUAUUUUGAAACAUUUGGAACCAAAGGGCUAUCUUGCAUUUUCAGUGAUUUCAUUUACACAGACAGGUUUAAGACGACAUUGACGUCAAAGAAUAAUUGAGCUCUCUUUGCCUUCCAUAGGAUUGACUGCGCAUCCGAAGAAGGGGAGAUAUUAUUUACGGCGGAGAGAUGAUGGUCUUCUUAUAAGAAUGACGCCUUUUAGCGCGAAGAUUUGGGUCCGCAUAAGAGGCCGUCUGGGAAGCCAAGGAAAUAAAUAACCAAUUACAGUCAGUUGAGGGGCGGAGCAAGACAUUUUCAAAUUUACUCAUAGAACUUCCUUUUCUCGUCUUCGACAACAGACACGGCUUUGACAGGAAAUCCUGUUUGUUAGCUGGUUUUGCUCUAAGAGAAAGAGGCCAGUUGUCGAUAAUGUGAUUAGACAAGACAAGGAACUAUUGUUGGAGUCAAAUGAGCUGGCGUAAGGUCUACCCCGCAAAGCAUUGUCAUGCGUGCCGGAGCGCUAGCUUCGGGUAAUAUGUUCUUAAUUUCCUAACGCUUUUUAAGCAGAAACGCAACAGACUAGUCUAAUUGUCAUGAUACUGUUGACAGGGGAGUAAUGCGUAUUGAGCGAACAGUCGAAUGGAAGAGAUGUUUGGAUAUGCGUUGAGUUGGUCGAAUUGUGUUUUGAUGGUCAAGGUUCAGACGCUUCUUUCAACAUACAAUAGCAGGAGGAAUUGGAGCUUUGUUGUGUGUUAAACAGGAAAAAAGUCCCCAAAGUAUUUCGAAAACGAUUGAUAACAAGACACUUUGUGCCGCCGCAUCCGCAACGUAGACACGUGGUUUUCUGCUUUUUCAUUGUCCCAUAGAGCAACGAGAGAAGUUUGGGCUAUCUGUUUUUUGGUUUCCGAUAUGAUCCCAUGUCUUUGACUGCGCGUUAGUUGUAACUAUAAUGCAUGUUAUUUGUAUUUAAAAUAAUAUAUGAAUCACACCUUUGGGAGCGGCCGCACUUGACAACAAUUAAUAAGUAACUUUUCAGUUAUCCGAGCAGAUAUAAGACAGAAAUAUUUCAUCUUACCAGAGCUAAUGGCCAAGUAAAUUGACCUCGUUUCAGAACGAGGUGUCAUCUGUGUGAUGUCUUCUCACUUAUGAUAUUGAAAGUCUGCCACCAUGCCUUUUUUCUAACGUCAAGAACUACUUAAGUUGGAAGAGAUUGCACUUAUUUUAUAUCACAGCUCAGGAUAUAUUUAUCCUACUGAAACGCUCGAUACUAGUUAUGCAGGAAAUUUAAAACGGAGGCCGUUUUUGCAGUUCUGCUCCUUUUUAGUAAGAGGCUUAAUUUAGUUGGCCUUGAUUUACAAACCAGAGCACCAGACAAACUAGGGGACCGUUAGACACAAUGCCUUACCGUACGACUGCCGUCGAAUUGCUUCGUCAAGCCUAAAAAACGAAGAGGGUAAUUUAGGCAUACUUACCAUGGUUGGAAUGUUGGCGAGUUCAAAACAACCUUGCCUUUUUUAACUGUACUUUUCCACUUUCUACACCUAAUAGACCGAGUUUCGUUUGUACAGCAAGCGAACGAUUCGGCGAUGACACAAAAUACCAGCGCUCAGCCACAGUGUACAUUUCGGUCGCAUACCAGCAACCUUGAUCGGGACACUGGCGCCUGAAAAAAACCUCAAGUCUGCUUAACGUAGGGGGUUUCGUCGUCCAACGAUAACUACACCGCCCAGGAUGAAAGAAGGCGAGUGAGUGCAACAGCAGUAGCCAAGUCUCCUACACGCAGGCAUCUGCCUGCAUGGUGGCGGGACAGGAUGGACGUAAAUCCUCAGAUGGAGCCCCUUUGAAUGCCGUAAACAGUUGGCCGACGCUCACCGGUUGGUCGUGUAUUUUGUGCAUCAACAGUACAGCCGAUAGACCGCAGUCUAGUCUGAAGGAGACAAAUUAUUGCACCAGUGCGCCAGCCAAAAUGCACUGCAGACUCCACCUAGGUUGUGGCGCGCGAGUCUGCGGCUUCUAAGCCAGUUUCCGCGUCCGUCUACUGUUAUUUUACGUCAUCUUCGUCCGCACAAACUUAACAACGCCGAUAGGCAAGUAAACGACUAACUGUCGAGGAGCGCAAGCUGUCACUCUGAGAGUAUGUUUUGUUGUCACCUUCCCCGCCGCUGUCACAUACACAUCUAGAGUUUAUGAAGUCGUAGAAUCGCAGUAGAGUAAAAAGUAAACAUUUUCUCGGCGCGGAAAGGUUUACGUAUCGGUGUUUCUCAGCGCCCACUUGCGGGACCAGACAGAAUUGUUUUUCAAGGAGACACGCCUGCUGUGGAGGCGACAGGCGUGUUUCUACCUGUCCCCACAUACAGCCAUCGACCUCAAAGAGAUCCCCUGUUAAUUGUGGCAACAGUGAAGGCCUCGCAGGGUUUGAUGUAUAGUGAAAUAAGCAUAAGAAGCAUCGAUUUCAUUGUUUCUUUCUUUCUCUCCCAGCAACCCUCAUCUCCAGCUGUAAGACUCGAACAGACUGACUGCAAAUGAACGGGAACUAAGAGGCUGACCAGUCAGCCAUCCACUUUUACGCCUACCACACGCCAAAAAGACUCUAGGUGAUUUACCAUAAUGACACCAAAGGUACCAGAUAAAAGCAUGCGAGAGAUACUGGGACCGUUGCCCACCUAUUCGAUUACUGGCUAAUACCUGCGCUUUCAGUAUGCUAAACCAUGUGGUACUUGUUUACUACUAACUGCCUGUUGAUAGCUCAUUAAUAUUCCUUGGGAGAUGAUGAAUUUCAGUUCGAAUUUUCAUGUAUAAACUUUCGAAUUGAGCCUAAAAAUAUUUAUUUAAAGGGAAUUAAUCCUAGUUCGCGCAUUAGUUUCCUCGAAAAUCAAGCACGGCAAAACCAUACAGUUUCGGAUCUCAAAUUAUCAGACGUCGCCAAAAGACCGCAUUAAGGAACAAUAUUUGCAUCCUAGUUCUUCAGCAGGCGGACCGAAUUCUCCAGUCACGUGGCCGCCUUUAAAGCCAAAGACGAGAAUAUGAUGCAGUAAUUUUAAAAACAUUAUGCUUAUAAUGGAAAGGAGGAAUCGCCUAGCUGGGUCAGUCCUAAACUGUCCUUUUGCCAUUGUGUUUUGAUGUUAAAUCCAAGUCAGAUCGACUCGAGGCUUUAUCAAGCUCAGUGAAGAUUUUGUCCAUCGCGCUUCCAGCACAGCGUUGGUUUUCACUCAAAUCGUGCGUUUCGCUGUCGAUACAACCAGAAUCAGUCAAACAAAAAAUAUCAGCAGCUAUAACGUAUAUGUGAAGCCAUGCUCUAGACUGACUUUUUAAUAAUCAUAAGUAGAAUCGAGCAUUUUUCCAGUCACGAAGGCUUUAUUUGCCAGAUAUUGGAUUUAUUAGGUAACUGUAACGCAAAAUGGUGACUGGGCCAAAAUAAAACUGCUGCUGUACCCACCACCUCCAACGUGGCUAAGUAGUUUUGCAUGUGAAUAUGUGAUGAGGAAGAAAGGGUUUCGGAAAUAAGAUGUACUCACAGGCGCAGGUUUAUUGGAAUUCUGAUGUUUCGGAGAGCUUGAUCGGCCAACCGCUGCCAGAGCGUAAAUGCGCUGAAUCGAACAGAAAUAGAAGUGACAUUCCGCUCUGACCAGCCUUAUGCUGAUCGAUUUUUUCUUUUCUCGACACCCCAGCCCUUCAGGAGAUACUUUGCAUGCUUCGUAAGUCACCACCUCGUCCGGGGAGGGUACUGAGUCCCUGUGAGGGUCGGUCAGUCUGGCAUUCCUUCUUCCUCGACAGAUGAACUCGUCGUCGGGCUAUCUCUGUGCGGACUUUUUAAGUUCUGUGUGGUCGUCUGGUCCUGAACUUUAUGAUCAUAAUGACGCAGGUCUUAAUAAGCUGCUGGAGGAUCAAAUUGCCUAUUGAUGGAGUUGGCAUCUUAGUACCACGUCACAAACGUUAGCAGUUAUGCCUUUUAUUUGUCCGCCUCUCCCCCUAAGACGGUAGCUCCCUGAAGUUUGAAAAUGUGGCCACUUCCUCCAAGGUGCAUUGCAAUUUGAUAACUUGGGUGUAGCCUCCGAGUUGCUGACUUGUGCUCUUGUGAGUGGUUCUUCAAUCUCUGCCCAGUUUGCCCAACGUAGUUGCAGUCCCCAUCAUUGCAAUUUGUGGACAACCGCAGCGUGUCCUUAGGUUGACGAGAGUAAGAUGUGGCUUGGUAGCCCCACCUGAUGGACACAAUACUAUUGCGGUUGGGGUAAGGGGUUAUGGCUAAAGGUUAGGGUUGAUAGUAAGGAUUAGGAGGUUGUGGGUUAGGCGUUAGCGCAACUAUUUCUCAACCAUUCAAAGUACAACCGCGCAUUCUCAAUAGCUUUCCUUCCGCAUACAGCUGCUUAACCUCGUCGUUUGUGCGUUCCCCGGCCCCACCUGUGAAAACCCUUAUUACACCCAGUGCCGUAUUAGAGGUGACUCGGGUUUGCUUACUUCAGGUGAGGCUAAUAAUCCACAUCCGACCAACCCAUAAGACUUUACAGUUCAGAUGCAUUACCGAUAAAGGCAAGGGAGACUGAAACGAGUUCUGGCUCAUUUCCCUUGUUGAGACACCAUUCCGGUCGGGACGGCUGGGUGACUGUCCAUUUGUACUUUGUAGUCACGGUAGUCGGGCAACUGUCAUUAUCAUGUGAUACAAUAAACUAUUACCAUCAUCAGUUUCAUUUGCCGCAUUCACCAAAUACGUCACUCAUAGCCUCGUCUCUGUGUUUAUAAGCAGGUGCGAUGUAAGUUUGAAACAAGGCCAACGAGUCGAACCAAAGCAAUCGAGAGUUAGUAGAGCAGGAAGCUAGAGCAACACAGGAGGUUUGAACUUGGACCAUCUGCUGGGUACCGGUGCGUGCAUGGGACCAGGACGUUUUGACUAAUAUGCGGUCUUAAUUUGAAACGCGCCAGUCCUUGCAUUGGUCUUCAGACUGACGGAUCCAGCUUUUCCAAUUUCGCAAGCACUGCCAGGAACCACCACAUCAUCAUGAACCGCCCUCUAUUUUAUCCAAUAUCUCCCACUCACUGCAUAUUUAAGAGGGACCACACACUAUAAUUUCAACUAAAGGGCUGCUUUAGUAAAAAAAAUUGAAAACAAGAAAGAAUAAUGACUACUGCAGUCAAAGCUGAAAUCCACUGAAAUUUUACUCGUUCUCAACCUAGUCGUGCAUUCCUAAAGGUUAUUUUUUGCUUUGUUUCCUGCAUGGCAGAAAAGGUUUCCAAGUUAGGUAGGACGGUUAUUCAAAAAGGUGCCUCCCCUUAGAUGCGAAGAAGCUAGUCAAUGAAGGGCACUUUUUGCCACAAAAGUCUUGUGUCAACUUACACUACAGAGAUGAGCAGCCUAAACACACGAUUCUGACCAGUCGGCAGGCUUCUCGUUUCCGAACCCCUGGUGAUGAACGGAUAGGUUUUUACUUCUGAGGUUGAACCCGUCUUGCUCACUCUGUUUGCGCAUUAAAUAAGCACAUGCACUACAUAAUCUAAGGACAUCUUCAUGGCGAUCCAAUUGACUUGAACAAAAUCAGACAAACAAGUCAGCAGGUUACAGCAGAACCAUUAUGAUGAAGUUGACAUCAGGUGACGCAUGUUGUCCGGACCUUCAAACGUCUUUCGUUUAACAUUUUUUCGAGCAACCGAUCAGGCAUGAUCCAGUCAGCCUUUUGUAAAAGAGCCUCGGAUAAACGCACACACGCACACACUGUGUGCUUAGAUUGAAUGUACUCAAACUUGUUGAAUCUCCAGUCGAAUUUUUUCACCUCCAUGAUGUCUUGUGGGGAGGUUUGUUUUAAAAUGCCCUUAGAUUCUGAUAAAAGCAUAAUUCAGUUUGUCCGAUUUUUGGCAACAUACUGUUCAAAACAGCUCUUGUGAUCAUUGGACGCACCAGCAUGGAAGAUCUAAGGAGGUGAGUGGUAGGGAGUAUGGUUAGCGGUGCGAUCAGGGACAAAUCAGAAACCAGAUAUCCUCCACAUUUACCAGAUUUGUGGCCGAAUUUGUUUUUUUUCCGUGAUUGCGCGUGAGGGAGUUUGUUUUAAGACGCUCCAAGAGUUCUAUAAAACUUGAGAAGAAGAAGCAUGUGCAGUGAGUUCGCGUUCCAAAAACCUUGGAACUAAAAGGGUAUAUUGUCUGAAAAACAUAAGCAAGUGACCUGAAGAAGUUUGAUCGUAGAGUAUUACAUAUGUGUUCUUUGGUUCUUCCAAACUUCUUGUGCAUAUUGCAGCGAACUUAUUUCGAUUAUUUAGACAGCACUAAGAUAAGACGAAUUGGUCAUUAGGGUCUAUCACAUGAGCAUUCCAAAUGGGUUUAUAGUAGAUAUUUUCUUUUUGAAAAGAAUUACUUUUGAAGAAAGGACUCCAAUUGUCUCUUUAAAAUACAUUGAAUGCUACUAAAAUUGAGCUCACUGCCGGGACCUAAAUACACUCUCAAGCAAUGUCGUCUAAAAGAUAUCCACAUCGAAUCUCCUAAUUUUGGCGUAAAAAGAUAAUGUGGAACGUCUUAAACUGGCUUACACAUGACUUGUGGGGAUGCCUCAUCAUUCAACUUUCCUUUGCUUAGAUGUUUACGAAAGGGUAGAGCUAAUGCUGCAAGCUCCAGUUAAUGUUGACUAUUAGACAAAUCAAGAGACACCAGUCUUCUGUGCAACGUCCAAUCAAAAGUGCUCAAGUUCCACUUACAGUCACAAAUGCAUACACCAUGCCGGAAAGGUCAUUAGUACGAGUGCGUGGGAUGUUCGAACUCUUGGUGUAACUGGUAAUGAGUAAGUUCGAAGGGGUACUUUGGUGGCCGGUUGAAGGCCCCUUCGAGAGAGAGAAGGAGACGCGAUGGCUGGAGAGAGGGGUUUAGUUCACUGAACGUUUCGGGCUUGCACUCGAAAUCAUCGUUACAGACUGUCGGAUGCCAUCUCCGAUGAUGAGUUCGAGUGCGAAUCCGAAACGUCCGGUGAAAUGUUUUGCUCUAGUAAACGCGACCCAUUCUCUCCGUUUGCUUCAACGAACUCAAAUUUCCGUUCGUACUGAUAAAAAAGCACUUUUAUAUUCAGACCAUGGUCCCCGAAUGUGUUUGGAGAAACAUGCUCUAGAAUAGCCCAUUAAGCGUUUCUUUAAGUGUCAGCUGUAUUCUACGCAACUUCUGAACAUGUUGACCGUUUGCAAGAAACAAUGAGGAUUUUGUGUCAAAUACCGAAAUACAAUUGCAGCAAGUAGUUUCUCUACUUGAGAACAUCCAAGUUUACGCUUUUGGGGUCUCUGCAUAAUCCGGAGUCUUUGGAAAGAGCGAUUCGGCUCAUACACGAUGGCACACUUUAAGAAAACUCUUAUUCAAUGCUUUAACGAAAAUGCCGUUCGCUGUCAGGUGCCUUAAAGUUGGCAGCCAUCUUUUGAAAUAACAAAUGAAAUCUACCCAGCUUCUUGGACAACUAUAUUUUCCAAAAUAACCUGACUGCCCGGUUCUUUUAGGCAUAGACUACUCUGGGUAAACAUUGAGAUAAGCUCUUUAAAAGUGCAGUCAGUGUUUGAGACCUACGCGGUGUUAUAAAUCUUCUUAGUAUAUGACUGUUAAUUUUCUUCAGUUCAGCUUGAAACGAGUCUUCGUCAGCCACAACUAAAUGCUCUGUCAGGUCUGCCGAUUACGCGUUAUCGGUUAUGCAUUCCAUGUGAGAACUGACAUCGCUCAAACUGUUAGCGCAAGACCGCUGAAGUGAGUUCAAAAAUGGAUUUUUAUGGAGCAGACCCAGAUUGACCUGUGGUAGCCUCCACUAAUUCCAUCGACCUUUGGCACGAACAGGGGUAAGAUAAAAAAAUUACUUGACCGGCUAAGCCAGGCUUCGCCAGUUUACCAUCUAAAUUGAUCUUUAGAGUGGCGAACUCCAAACGCAUUUUCGAUGUGUUAGAAUGACAGCUAUCGAUUUUUUUGUCAGCGAAACGUCUUUCGAGUUGCGUAUUGGAUCACAUCCACUUUCUGCACUGAGCAUCUAUCGUGCGUGCACUUUUGCUUAGAGUUCUGAUCCUCGUAUUCCACUAAGAAGAGAAAGUUGGCUCGUCUAAAGCUGCUGCAUAGAUUCUUCUAUGGUCUUACUAGAAGUUCAAAUGACACUCAGCGAAACUCUGUAGUUCAUUUUAAAAGUUGAAUUUGUUAAUAACAAUGCCCUGACGAAGUGGCCUUCCAUUUGGGCAUUAGGAGUGAGCGAUUGACUUGAAAAGGCGUUUUUAAAGAUGUUGACUUAAAAGCUGGGAAAUAAAAACUUUCGAUUUUAAUUUUCCAUGGACUGACUCUAAAGUCAGGUAACAAGAAGGAGAAAGCUAUUCACAAAGCCGCUAAUUUCCGGCCGAACAAAGUGUCAGAGAAUUCGGGUGUAGGUCAGCUUAAUGCGUUAAGGACACAGUUUUAUCGCCAUUCCCUCUUGCGCCAAGGACAAUGAAUUCCCCAUUUGGUACAGCGUCAAUCGGACAUGUUUAAAAUGAUGGGUAUUUGUCUAGCGUUUAUGAAUAAAAAUAAUGAUUCGCCCUGACUACUCGUGAAUGCUUUCAAACCAGUGAGAAAUACCAGGUUACUACUUUUCUGAGUGCCAACAAGACGUUUAUGGGUGUCGGCUUACGAUCCUACGGUGUGCAACAGUUGCUGCUAUCAAAGGACUCUUCUGAUUUUUAUUGAUAAUUCAAGCACUAUAGGAAGUAUUAUGUCGGGAAUUAUGAAAGCGUCAAAGUAUCAAUACCACAUGGCGUGAACAAUCCCACGCUGAGUGCAAGAUUAACUGUUGAAUAGAUGGGUCGACUCCCUUGUAUAUUCGAAGUUCAAAAAGUAUUCCCUAUAUUGAAACUAAACCGAUGCUUUCCGAAGGACGAAAAGUUUAACUGCCGACUACUUUUUUAUACGUGCGAAAAAGAAAAAGGGAAGGCGAGCUCCUGUUAGGAGUAGAUACAGGUUCUCUUUAAUUGCCUAGCAGACGGCUAGUAAACUGCUAACUUCCAACUUCCUGAGUUAGGACGAAGACCACUGAAGCCGCUUGUUUUCAACCUAAUCUAGACAAGAUAUUAUGCCGCUGUGCUAUGAUUUUGGGGAUGGCUGGAGUUUUUCGUGGUGUAGUUAACGCGAUCUUCCGCUAAACGACUCAAUAGCCUAGCUACAGUUCGGAAAGGUGGAUCGCGCUAAGCGUAAUGAGUAAGGACAAGGUGGAGGGAGGGGCAGACCGAUAGUAGAUAUCUGUGUAUGCUUUAGCGAAUACUCUAAGCUUCCUGUUUAUGCCUCGCCGCGACGGUCACGUCCGCACGGGCACGCACAGGCAGUCAUUUACGGGUCUUGACGGUCGAGAAGCGCUGACCACUGUCCACCCCCUCCCGUUACACACCCGCCUAAAGCCCUGCCAGAAUUGCACAGGCCUUUACGUAGGUGAUAGAACUAAGGUGACUAGUGAUAUACAAUAGUGACCCUCCCGGAACGCUCGAUUUGUUUGUCAGUGGCAAAACACACGUCUCUGGCCUGAAACAGCAUCGACAUCCGCGGUGCUGCUUGCCAAGAGGACUGACGUGCGGACCUACAGACUGCUAGACCCUGGCUGGAUCCAAACCUAAGCGCGAGCUCACACAUGUCUGCCGAGGAUCCAAAAUUACCCUCCAGCGAUUGACUUUGCCCCCAGAACUUUAGGUCUUUCAUUCGACUGGCCAAAAAGCGGGGCCAAGCCUGGUAGUUCAAUCCAGUGCACCGUAAACGUGACCUACAGACUCAGGAUUACAGAGGUAACACUGAUUUUCAUUGACGAUCAAUGUCCCGUAUUCACCACAUUGGUUCAUGUAGUAUACUCAACUAGUACAGGGAAACGUGCAAACCAUUUUAACGGUGGUCCAUAAAAUGCGGCAUUUACUAACAGUGUGUCUUAUUUCGACAGAAAAAUCCCGUCCAUGUUUGAUGAGGCUGAAUUUUUGUGCAGUUUAGACAAAGACGGAUAACAUAAAACAAAAUUGAUCGGUCACUCCAUACGUAGAAGUUAUAUUCUGCUCCGUCAAGAAAAACAAUCUUCAACACAGGCAACGCUUUUAAAUUGCGACUCCGUGGGGAGAAUACCUUGAUUAUGGGUUCAUCAAACAUGUCGAGAGAUGUGAAUUCAGUUGUGAAAAGUCAGCCACCUCGGUAGGCUUGAAACUCACGACAGCGAGUUGCAAUACUUAAGUACAGCCAAUGCUCUGGUCACCUGAGCACGAGGCCACAGCAAGAGCGGGGAUUUUAAUCACAUUCGGGCCAAGUUACCCGCCCAGCCUACUGUAACUUGCGGAAUCCCCCAAUUAUAAUACGGUAAGUUGACUACCUAAGUAGGAUUUCCUAGGCAAUCCAUUUGGAAUCCAUCAGAUGACUACCAGACUCUCAUGAGCAUUAGGUGGUUUUCUCAGUAACUUGAGCCGAAUGUGAUUAAACCUACGGCUCCCGAUGAGACCUCGUAACUCAUAUGAGUAGAGCGUUAGUUGUUCUCAGGCUUCGUCCCUACUAUCAUGGGUUCGAAUCCCACAGAGGCCGACGAGCUUUUCGAGACGCGGUCAGAUAAAUUAUUUAAAUGUCAAAAAACAAUAGAUAUGAAUUGUUUAAAUGUUUAAACCUACAGAAAAGGCUCCAACCUACGUAAUUAAUUGCUCAUGGCCGGGCAAGAAUGUAACACAACAAAUUUGCUGAAUUCGAUUAGUUGAGAUUUGUGAGUUAAGUCUACUCAUGGUUGUACAUAUCACGUAUUACGGAUGAAUAAUUUAGCGCACAGGUGACGACACAAAUUUUGCAAAAGUGCACUUGCAUUGUGAUGCUGAAGUAACAAUAACAAUCGUCAGAACAUUUUAAAGAGGGUAUAGAUAAACGAGGAAAAAACUGCUUCUUCGAAGGUUGCUAUUUUAAGGAGGGUAAAGUAGCCCCGGACAGCACCUGCUUCAUUUUUCAUGCCAGCUUCAGUACACUGAUAAGUCUUGCAGUAAAUCUGCCCGACCACUAACUGGCUUUGCGAAACUGUCAAGAGGGGAGAGACCGUUGGGGCUGCUAGGUAUCGUCAUGAUGAAUCGAGGUGGACACGACAAGGAUUACAGCGAAGGGGGGACCCUUCGACACCGGCAGAGGACGUUGGCGUUCUGCAUCUAGGCUAAAGCAGACAUGUACAUUGUUCGCUACAUGGCCAGAGCUCUGAAGAGAGCGUUUCAGUUUUUGCUGAUGGCUGGUCAGAACGGCCGCUCGGAGCGUCAGAGCACGUAUGGCCCUACGAACGCCCCUCCCCCCUACUUUUUAUAUGAAACAAGUUAUAAAUUCUGUGAUCAGUCUGCAACAGGUACUCUGCGAUGUACAGAAUUCAGGACGCGCAGUGACUGCAUGCUACCGCAGUGGUAACAUUUUGUCGAGCUUUUUUGCCAACAUUCCGUCUGUUUUGGUCAGCUAAGACCACCACCGAGGACAUAAAGUACCUCCGUCGGUCCACACUUCCCAAAGUAGGACGUAACGACAGCCUGCAUUAACUCAACUAGGGCGCACUGAAUCACAAAAGUCAACUGCUGGAGGAUGAAAAUGCGUCUGUGACAACAACUGCGAUAGAAAUUUAUUUGAAACAACCUUUUCGCUAAUGGUCAGUCGAACGGUCUUCGGCGCCUGGCUGCAAAUUAAGUGGGACUGAAUCCAGGUCCAUGCGUAGAUUUUGCAAGAAAUUAAAAAAGCGUAACAUUAGAAGCCGGAAUUUGCAGCAGAAGGUGCAUGUGGGACGCGCUUGCGGAUAGUCAGCCAAACACACUUGUCUGGGCUUUUGGUCAGUACCCCCCCUGCUUCCAGUAGAGUCAAUCGAUCAACCCUUAUAUACUACCUAUUGCCUACUGACAGUUUGUAAGUAUUGUGCGGUUAUUUCGCAGAUUCCGAUGGAGUUCUGCUCAAAUACAUAAAUAAAACUUCUGGCCGAGCCUGGAAAAGUGUAUCCCGAAGAAUUUACUCCAAGCUCAUGUCUUGAGUUUUAGAAACAGCAGAAAACAAAAACCCGUAAUUUCUCACCAAAGUUAAGGCAUGGACUUUAAAUAAAUGCAAUAACAGAGGCCGUUUCAUCUUUCCCCCGAAAGUUGAUAAGAGUAUUAGGCCUGAAAUACAUCAGUCACAGCUGAAGAACCGCGUAAUCUUCACAGUAAGUCGCAGAUAGUAGUACUUCUAAGAAUUUCUAGCAUCGCGAUAGGGACAAGGACAUCCAACGGCUGUUUCGAGCUGGCUCGACAAUGGCAGAAAUAGUGAUAUAAACAAACAUCACAUUUUGAUACACCCAGUUUCGCAUGCUGCAUGAUUUGCCGUACUGACAGCACAAACACUAGCUAAAAUCCCAGACACGCAUUUUGGCGAUAUUCCACCGCUACAUGACACAGCCGCGAGGGCUUCGGCACAUCAUCGUGACCCCUCAGCGUUCCCUGUGUAUUUUCUAAUAGAUACUCCGGUUUUGGAAUUUCGGCUUUUUACUCUUCCCAGACAUUAAUGCGUUAACCUGGGGCAACACCUUCAUAAUGACUUUUUACAGGCUCAGCUCAGCUGUGAUCUUGCACGCACAAACAGUGCUACAGAACAGUCCCGUCUGGCUUUCAGAUUGCUUUCACAUGUCUUGUAGAUAAAAGCGACAGCAUAGAAACACUGUCAUCAUCAAAACCCUACAACUUGUUUGGGCGGAUUUUGCUUUUACGUCUACGUAAGACAAAUGUGCCCAGUGUCAGAAUUUAUUUCCGUAGGCAUUUUGCUUACAAACUGACUGCGCGCCAACAUCUUUUCCUGUUGGAUGUUUGAAUAGGAAAUUUCCCCCCUCAAUCUCAUUUCUUUGAUUUUAUGCGAGGCUGGGUCUUGAGAUUCAUGAGAUGCUUUUCUCAUUCAGUACUCGUAGGUAUAGUCCACAACAGUGUUUUCGGAAAGUCAAAUGUUGUGAAUGAUUUUUGCCAUUUGUACUUAAAAAAUGCUCAUAGAGACUCAAUUUCCAGAAGGGUUUAUUUGUUGAAUCAUUGUAUAGUUGGGAAGACAAACAAAUGAGCCUUAAUGACCGGACAAAAUUCGUUAAGCAUUAUCACGCCAUCUGGGCACUCAUAUGUCGACCCAAGACUGCCGAUAGUCUUCCAUUCCAAAGCCCACAUAUCUAGCCUUUUAGCUAGCACUACAAUAAAUCAAUCAAUAUCCACGCACUACUGACUGUUUGCGGGCGUAUUAGGAAUAGUUCGCGGGUGCGUCAGCAAAUCGACGACUUUCAGUUUAAGUGGCAGAGUUGACUUUCAAAUCUAACUUGCGAGGGUCUGUCAAAAAAUAAUCACCCCAUGGUUGCAGAUUAAUUUCCGAGGAAAUUAAUGCGCUAAUUUCGAGUGAGUCAUUCCGAAUGCAACUUCGUGGGCCCAGUCCAGGAGUUGGUAUGAAUAUUUGGGCCGAAGUAUAUUAGCUUCAAAAGGAUAAUCCCGCCGUUUUCAUAACCUGACAACACACAAACAGUCAAAUACACAUGUUGCAGGAUCUACCAUACUUAUAGUUGGAAUAUCUAGCUUCGUUUUGUCAGAUUCUUCAAAGAUCUACACCGAAAUUGAUCUACAUCCGUCUGUUUCUGCAAAAUGGAAAAUUUUGAGUCAUCUACGGUAAAAUAAAACGGAUAGAACUGAGUACGGAGGCGUGUUGGUGCAUCGAUAAAAGGGGACCAGUUUAGGGAAAUUAGGCAAAAGAAAUGUGAAAAAAACGCAAUGAAAUUUCGGUUUUUUUAAAUGUAGACUGCGACCAAUAACGCCACGAACCAGAUCCUGUGAUUGAACACAAAAUUUAUAAGCGUAAAGACAGCAAGUAUGCAUGGUCGACAGGCGAGACCAUAUCGAUGAAUCAACAGCAUUAAACGUUUGCGGCUUUAACAGCGCCUCAUUGCUCGGUUUUCGACAGGGACAGAUCGUGCAUUUGCGGGUCACAUUGUUCUACCCUGGGUUCCUAGGGAGGGCACUGGAGAGGACUGUAAGGAUCAGGUGAAGACUCCCAAGGAUAUGUGGCAUACAAAGAAUACCUACGAUACUUAUUUAAGUGGAUUUGAUCUGACACGAUUAUCUCGGUUUGGUGUUUCAUGUAAAAAUAAAGUUCUCAGAGGAAACCAGAAGAGGGCUGCUCUGAUCUGAGGUGAGUGAAAGUGCCAUAAAGGCCAGAUAAGUAAGUCAUUGCAGCCUGAUCCUCCGUCCUGAGAAGAGAACCGAAUUAUCCCCUUAGUUGGCAGCUUUCCAGACCAUGACUUUCUGCGUACCUUGACAGUUCAACAUCGCAUCGGCUUGCUUAUAGCAAAAAUUAUGCGCUGAGUGCCGUGGAGAUGGGUUCCCAGAGUCGACUUAACUCUCUCCUCCCUUGCCCUGGCAACAGUACACCGUCUGAAUUCUAACACUAACGCUAACUUUCACCCCCCUGUAUUUACAGGAAGUGACCGAUCUCAUUAAAUAUGCUAGCCAAAAUUCUGCAAUACGUUUUCAAUUUGGAAGGAUUACUUAGGCGGAGUUGUAACAUUGGUUAUCGUGCGGCAUAAUGUAGUAAUAUUUCGGACUCGGCAGGAUGUCGGAUUUUGAAUUCACUUCCUUUCGAUCUCCUGCAGAAACCACACUUGGUGAAAAAGACUACUUAAUUAGCAUGCAUGUUUUGCAUUCAGUUUCGAUGAUCAUCUAAAUUAAGAUAUAUUUUAUAGAAAACAUGCAUCAGAAUAUGCUUUCGUCUACUUGAUUGGUGGUAAAUCACGUCGGCUUUAAAUUUUAUGUUUGAAGAGGGGUAUAUUUAGGUUUUGUAAAAAUUUUCCAGUUCCCGAAUAAUUUUGAGCCAUUUCAGCCUUGGCAUUAGCGUUUAGCUCAUGCUUCCCGCGCGUGGAAAAUCAUUUAUUUCUCUAUGCCUUUAGGAAGAUACCAUUUAGAGUUCAUGAAAUUUUACAAUGAGUGCGGACUAUGUUAUGCAGUUCCUAACGAGCAUUGGUAAGCGGACUCGUAUGAUGCUGUAUGAAUGUACAUAACCCGGUUUGAAAAAUCGCACAGUUAAAAACUUUUCCAAAACUUAAUCAUUCCCUGUCUUCAAACAUAAAAUGUAAGGCCGACGUGGUUUCCCACCAAUCAAGUAGACGAAAGCAUAUUCUGAUGCAUGUUUUUUAUAAAAUAUAUCUUAAUUUAGAUGACCAUCGAAAAUAAAUGCGAAAAAUGCGUGCUACUUUAGUAGUCAUUUUUCACCGGGUGUGGUUUCUGCAGGAGAUCGAAAAGAAGUGAAUUCAAAAGCCGACAUCCUGCCGAGUCCGGAAUAUUACUACAUUAUACCACACGAUAAUCAAUAUUACAACUCCACCUAAGUAAUCCUUCCAAAUUGACAACGUAUUUCAGAAUUUCGGCCAGCAUUUCGUGAGAUCGGUCACUCAUUGUAGGGCGAGACCACCCAAAAUACAGGGGAGAUCCAUAUUCCUGUGCCCAAGUCUCAUUUUUGCACAAGAAUUCAGCCCUGCGGUCUUAGUGGGGCGGUUCUUUAGACGACAAAAUGGGCCUAUCUAGUGGGAAAGGAAGGAAGAAACUGGAGUACUUCUUGCGACUGACAGGCUGAUAGCUGUAAGUUAGUAUAAGCGCGACGAAUUCUGGCAGGAGUCGGGAGUUGUCUAUUUUCUCGCAGCCAUGCUGUUUAAUCACAAAACACUGAAAGUUUUCAUUUUGACACAUUUGCCAAAAACCCAAGGCUUCGGUGGGAUUCGAACCCACGACAGCGAGGCGAGGCUUAAGUGCAGCCAACGAUCUAACCAAAUAAGCUGCGAGGUUCCAUCAGGAGACAGGAGUUUAAUCACAUCUGGGUCAAGCUGCCCGUUCAGUCUACUGCAGCGGAUGAUAUCCAUCAAAUCUGAUGUAGUAAGCUGACGGCUCAAGCAGGAUUUCCUGAGUAAGCCAUCUAGAAUCCACCGGAUGAAUACCAGGCAUCACUUACAUCAGAUGCUUAUUGGCCAAGCGUUCGUGAUAUACCCCUAGCGGUUUCUUUCUAAGUAUGUGGCGUUUGGCAAGCUUAAAAGAUGUGUUUUGACAGUUUAGAAUUAAAUGCUUAGGAACUGGGAAAGUCCGGACGCUGUUUAAGUAAAUAGUAUAGAUGACAUCACUAACAAGCCGCUAAUAUCACACUGAAGAGUACGUUUAAAACCAGCUCGAACUACAAAAACGAAUCUGUUUUAUGAGCAACAGGACAUUCGUAGAAAAAACAGUGUAUGCUUACUUCUCAUUUACGCGAGCUGCGCGAACUUAUCUUGUCUGGAAAUCCCAAAUUCCGCUUUUUCUAACAAACAGAACACUCUUUUGCGAACAUUCGUGAUUUGUGCCAAGGGCGUAUUUUACUGAAUGUUAGAAACCGCUAGAUAGCUAGCUGUCUUUUUUUCUCUUGUUAAAAUGUCUGAGCUCUGCAUAUAUACCAGUCUAUACAGCCAGAAUCGCAUCUUUCUGACUGGAUUGAGCGGAAAACAAUUUCCCCCGUUGCAUUUAAACAGGCCUCAGCACAAAAGUGCUUUCGUGUCACGCCUUUUCCUGGCACCCGAAGCCUGCCAUAUAAAUCACAGUCCCGAUACUGCAAACUUUGGCCAGCGAACAAUAAGAAAAUGAUAAACGUUAGCGGAAUUCAAAUAGAACUGUUUGCUUUGGACUGGCUCUCCUAGCAGAGCGGUACCCGACAUUGGCAAUAAGUUUAACCAGUUAUCUCACUCUCGGUCUUUUCACAGCCGGUGAAAGUUUCGCAGCUGCUUCCUGAUUUCUUUUUCACGUACUCCAAAGAGGAUUAAAACCUAAUUUAUUACACUUUUUUAAAAUUGCUGCUUAACUUACCGACUUGGUCUCCUGGGGCUACCAUUAUCAUAGGAAACACUGUUGGGCUAUGCAAAGGAUCAACAAUAUUAACUUUAAACAGGUUUUUAUGAGUGCACAAUUUGUAAGGAUAAGACGCCCUGCAUAUUUGGGCAUCUGGGAGGAACAGGAGACAAUGAGGGGAGUAUGAACAUGAAGUGCCCAUUGUGCUUCGUAAGUGUGAAUUCCCCAUAGUAAUAGGACAAAAAGAAACUUUUCAGUGCUUAUUACAGACUCUGGAAGUUGAUGCUUGCGUGAUCUUCCGCACACAAAUUAGCAAACAUUGGCGGCUUGGCUUGUUCCGGUUGUUCCUUUGGGUAGGAAUAAAAGGAAACAUACCCCACCGAGGAAACCAUAUUAUUUUUAAUUGGAACAGUUCCGAAAUCUGAAAACAAACAAAAGCGAACAUUCCCCCCCACCUUCUAAGGUGAAAUGUCAUUAAUGCAAGAAUACAGGACUUCAGUGGGAGAGUAUGCGACCGUCCUCUCUCUUUUUGACCAUGUGCGAUGUAUCGAACUAGUCACUGCAACGGACCGUCCGAAGACAAAGUGCGCAGGUCGGGGCUGUCAAACCAUGUCUUGGAUAAUAUAUAUUGAUACAGUAGGCGCUCACAGAUUGCGUUACGGAUCCCACACAUCCCGGUGUGCCUUAGGGGUCUCCCUCGAGCCCCGCCAACAGCAGCAGCACAGCGGCGCGUGGUAUAGGCGGUGUAACAUCACCGAAACAGAGAAAGGUGACCGGAAUGGCCGUUUCUGGCUGGCUAGCAGUCAAAAACCAGUUGUAUCAACCCCCCGGGUAUGCUGGACCUCGACGCAUGCCUCGGAGUUGGGUAUGGCUGGGAGAUGGCGGCCAGUAAGCCAGAAAUGGCCAUUCCAGUCGCUUUUCUCUUUUCCGAUAAUGCUAUACCACGCGGUCUUUUGGCUAAAUAAACACUUAAGUCUAUUUACUGAACUCUAUUCCAAGUCUAUUAAUAACCCCAUGGACCAUUAACGCAUUUGACACCGUAACUGACCACCCAAGAUGGAGACGAGACUUUGUUAAUAUGAGGAUACUUUGGUUUUCGCAGGCCCUUCAAAACAUCGAUGAUCUGUUUGAAUAUGAAGAAUUCUCCGCCGCUCCGGAUACAAGCUGGCCGGACAUGUUCAAUUCCGGAGUUUUCGUCUUCAAGCCCAGCUUGACCACUUACGCCGGCCUGCUCAAGUUAGCAAGCACAGAGAGCAGUUUUGAUGGCGGUGAUCAGGUGAGAACACAUUUGGUUUGCGUGCCCCUACCAGCGCUACUUUCCCUAAUUUCAGUAACAUAAUGAACACGGCAGUUCUUUUGUAGUAGCAAAUUAUGUUACUGCCGGAGACUAGUCUGGCCCGGCUUCGGACGUUCAGGACUAGAGGAGGUUAGCUGUGAACACACGUCAGAAGGAUCAGGCCACCGCUGGCAGGCCUUUCGACAUCUUACCGUCGUUCAGGUUAUAGUCAUUGUUUUGGUGUCCUCUGGCCCCCACAAGCGGCUGUGCUGUAGAUGUGCCGGGCCAAAACCGGGAUCAGAUUGUCCUGUGGUAAAUCUGCGCGAACGGAGAGGCGCGCAGAGCAGGCCUUAGGUGUUGGUCCUCACGCUGUGUUUGUCACUGCGCCCAAUACCAUCGGCAGCUGGAUUGACACGUUCGGACAGUCAUUUGGUAGACAGGAAGGUGAAUGACGCCGACAUUAGGCUAUCCGUUCUCGUAGCACGUGAGCGUAUUUUUCACCAUACUGAAUUUGCUGUACUUGAGUACAUCAUGACGUGUUAUGAGUGGGGGUUUGAAAGUUUACCAACUGACGGGAUAGGACGGUCCAUCUUAGGACUGGGGGUCAGGCUGUACUGGCUCCUUCUUACUGUGGUCACCAUGACCUCUCGCUGAUGUGAGAUCCGAGUUGCCUUCAUGAAAGCCUGACGCAGGUGGAGCCACUGCGUCCGAGCCCACCCCCGGCCAUCUUGAGUUUGUCCUGCCGUCACAGCAAGGUGGAAGAGGGAGGAGAUAGUGCGGCAAAUGUAGCGAGAUGUCUGUCUCACUAAGAGCCAAUUCAAACGUAAGUCAACGUUGCUGUGUCCUACUCUGCGGAACACGCGGGGGGUGGGCGUUGUCGCUCGCGAAGGUCAAACUGUCGUUUUGGUGUCCUUUCGCAUCAGUCUGUGCCUAAUAUACGCAGUCGCAGUGUGGACAGGUGGAACGUAUUUUGAAAACUGUCUGCUGAUUUGUGCGCAUGUUGUCAUGGCAGUCACAAAUGGACUGUGCCGCUAGGGCGUUAACCUGAAACGGGGUCACACAGUGGUCCAGAUAACGCCUAAUUUUUUGCCUUACCUGUGUCUGGCAUACAUCGGUCAUUGUAUGUAUGCGCAUUCAGAAUAGACCGAACGACUCGGACAUACAGCAAGUGCAUGGAGAGGGAGGAGGGAAGUUGAUCCAGCCCCGAGUCAGCACUUCAGUUUCUUACCACAAACACGGUUUGAGACCACUAGGAAGCGUUAGCAGGUGUAACCUGGAGUGCCGACAAUUGACAAGAUGAGUCGCACUUAGGUAGAUCUAAACGUUGGAUUGCAGUGGUCCCCUUUUCUGUUGUGGCCUGUGUCGUACACUCACGCAAGCUCCGAGGCACUCCCGACUGAAGUUCGGCGCGUGUUGAAUUAGAGGUCAGGUUGUAGGAGGUCGGCUUUGUCAACCAUCGCGCCCACACACUUCUCCUAUCACCUUAAAUGUUUGCCAUUGGACCAAGGUGUGUGUGUGAGUUAGAUGCUGUGUACGUUAACUCUGUAAAGGAGAAGUUUUGCCGACAAAGUCGGGGACGCUAAAAGGCCCAUUUUUGACUUAUUUGUCGUCAUCAGCCAGUGAUAAGGCAAUCCCUGAUUACGCAUCCGAGUCAGUUGACCACACAGCAAUGCCCUCACCACUUCAGUAACGGGUUCGCGUCAUGUCGGUUGAAAACCAAAAGUACCUAUCUAUUCGGUGGUAUAGCUAUUCCUCUAAAUCUAUGUCUUCGAAGCAUCGUACGUUUUCUCAUCUGCCUGUAAUCACAUGGCUUGGAAGGUUGUCGUGCCCGGCUUUUGCUACAGUCAAUUAUGCCCUUCGCUUUCUUGAACAACCCCUCCCCCCAGAGUUCUGGAUGUUUUUGGGACACUUGAGUUGAAGUGUUCAGAGUAUACUAAAGAAUGUUGAGAAUAAUGAUCAACUACAUGACUGGUUGUCCGAGAUCAUUCUUAUUCCAUCUGUAAAAUAGUCUGUAGUUGCCUGAAUUUGCCUACCACGCCCUGACAUACAUUAAAAAUUGAUGCUUUAUGAGGAAAUAUGCGUAAAGCAGUGAGUUUAGCUAUAUUCAGCAUGGUUUUAAUACGACUGCUGUGGCGAGGCAAGAGAAUAGGAGUCUCCUUGUCAAUAUUGGUGGCCUUGGGCCAGUUUCUUAGAAGAGUACCUAUUUCCGUGCCCUUAUGCUAGCCCCACCUUAACCGAACUUUAACCCUUAUUCUAACCGUAACUCUGGCCCUAGUUAAGCUCAAGGCCGCGUGUUUUACUGAGGGGAGUAGCCAUUUCCGUGUCCUUUCCCUAACCCUGUCUCAACGUUAGCCCUAACUCUGCAUUUAACCCUGAUCCUACCUUAACCCCAACCCAAGCCUUAGCCCUAGCAUUAAUAUCCCCAGAACUCGACGUAACGCAAGAAAGGAGGUUCCUUUUCCCGUCUCUUAUGGUGCGGACUGCUGUUUGAACAUGCGUGUUGCUGUUUUGUUUUCCGGUGAGAUGUUUCCGGAGAUUCAGAAAACCAGAAGAUAAAGAUGCAUCUUCAUCAUCUGAACUGCCAACCCGGAACUCGCCUAUUCGCUUCUAUCAGCAUUCAGAAAACCGUCAUGGAGACAGCCGAAAGGGAGAAGGAAUUUGUUCAACACAAAACAGGAUGCGGUGUUGUCCUCCGUUAAAAUCAAUUUUGCUCUAUGGUUAUAUCUUUUGACAAGGCUCAAAAAUAUUCCAAAAAAUUAUUGAAGCCUCUCCCCUUGCAGGAUAGGUAGGGGGACAAAUUAUUAGAAUUUUGUGCAAUUCAGGGAUCACUCAGAAGUGGCCUUACUUGAAAUUUCACGCGUUCCUUGUGUUAAUGUCGGUGUGCCAAAUUGCCCAAGAGCCCAUGAGGAGGACGAAACCUCGACUGAGUGCGAUGAGCAGGGAAUCCGAUAAUUUUGACAGGCGUGCAGGCGCAUAGCAACUGCGGGCAGAAUGCACACCGCUACAUCUGGCCAGUCGAACCUUGAUGCACUCGGAAACGGCCAAUUGUGGUAAAUACAUCCUGUAAAUCAUCUGCGCCCUCGCCCGCCUUAGGUUUCCUUGACUAUUCCUUGAUACGGGGUCCAGGUUUGGGAGGAGGAUGGAGUGCGUUAGAUGCGUCGCAAGUCCGUUGUCAUCAUAAACUAAUUCACGCGCAGGUCACCAUCUCUGCGCCACCUCGCUGUAGGGCACAUGGUGGGCAUCGUCGAAAUCGACGGUCGAACUGUCGAAUCCUGUAAAUGCUGCUAGACUUGGGCGACCCACUAUCCUUAUCUGACUUUGUCUCUGGUGAUGGAUUCCAAUGGGGACGCGAAACGUUAGACUACUAAAGCCCUCACCUCAGCUAUCGUGUCUCCUCCUUUGCGACUACUUUCAGUAGUUCGCUUCUUCGCUUCUAUUAAGAAAUCUCACGUGUUAUACUUCAUGAAUGCGCAAUGUCAAAAAAACUGGCGGUAUUCACUGGGCGCCCUAUUUUGCUCAGCCAUUUGUUACUUCAGUCUGUUUGACGUCGUUUUUUUAAUGCUGGCUAGAGAAAGUGAUUUUCGUCUGUCCUAGGCACUGAAACCGUUUCAGCCACUUUAGACCGGUUCAGUGUGCUCGAGGGAAAAUAGGCGCAAGCACUUGACUGCCUAGAAGGUUAGAUGUAUGUGAACAUUUGGGACGGAUUGGCAGCAACAACUGUCUUUUGUCUGCUCUCUCGCCCUUCUCUUAUCCGGUGGGUAUUCGACUUUUUCUUGCCUUGUGCUUCCAGCCUAAACCACAUAUCUGUACUAAUGACUGCAUUUUGCUUGCCAAGGCUGCCGUAAAAAGACCUACUUGGGAAAACCUGCCAGCAGCAGAAGAAGGCCACGUGUUUGUUUGCUUCUCACUUCCGGUAUUUAUGCACCUUUUUGAGGUUUAAAUAUGCCAACUGGUCGUGGUAGUCAAGCUAAUACCUGCCGGGAAAAUGGGCGUUAUAUCGAGCUCCUCAUUCGUCGGACUCAUCCAAUUAAAACAUUCCAUUUAAUUACAUUUCAAACAAGUCUUCUGGGAGCUUCUUGAAGAGGGCAUGCCAGUUGGCAGUACCGGAAAGCUGUCUUGUCUUUAAUGAUCAUUUUAAACGCAAAAAGGUUCCACGCAAACUUCCAAAAAGGCCUAGUAUAAGGAGUCAUUUUGAGUAGAAAGCAAACAGCUACCUCACAAAGAUACCAACCCCUUGGAUAUCCGAUAGUUUUUGUGGUCAUAUCAAAGAGCUGCGAUAAAGCCUUUGACAUGAGUUUUGUCUACUUCUCAGGGCCUUCUCAACGAGUACUUUCACGACUGGAACCAGUUGACCCUGUCCAAUCAUCUCCCCUUUGCCUACAACUGCUCCUGCUGGGUGUUGCCGAACGACAUAAACAUCUUCUACACUCGGGCACCGGCCUGGAAGAAGUUCAAUUCAUUCGUGAAGGCGGCCCACUUCACCGGACUGAUCAAACCCUGGGUUCAUCGUAUGGCUGCCAACGAUGGAGCCAUCAUCCACGCGAUGAAUAUGAUUGACUGUGCGGCCAGUGUAUAUACGACCGCCGAGCAGACAGGCGUUUUGGCUUUUUGGUGGGCAGUCUUCUUCAAGUUUGUGAAGCCCGUCCUCAGCGAAGAUAUGGUAGGAAUUUAUAUGAUCCGCAUUCCAGCAGGAAAUGCCGUCUGUCCAAGCACCACCUUCCUUUCGCCUUUGAAAGUUGUUUAACCGUUUGUUGCAUAACUUUGCAGUGAACAGACGAUGUUGGUAGAGUUAGUCCCCUAGCCUGUCUACUUCCGUACUCCCAUCCCAAAACGAGGAAUCAGACAAUGUUGUAGUUCAAGAUGAAUGCAAGAAAUCUGGUUUGACACAACAAUAUUGACCCCUCUCAUACUAAAGGUGUCCACGCGUUGAAUUCCAGUGAACACCCAUUGAACACCUAGUCCCGACCCUAGCACUAACCCUUACCUGCCUUGGAAUUCGGGGCAAGGCUGCAUGUACCUCGAGGGGUCGAUAUGAUCCUGCCCAUCCAUCUCCGUGAUUCACAAACAGAGCGCGUACCCAAACAACAGUCGGUACUGGCGAAUAGGCGGAUCUGAUCUGCCCGGCACUAAUUAACGUCAGUAGCUUUAACGUUCCGUAAACGGUACGAGUGACUUAUGUGGCCCCCUAAACAGGACAUGGGAAUAGAGACACCCCGCCCAAGUAACAAAGGCGGGCCGGCGCAUAAUUCCAGAAAUGGAAAAAUAUUCGCAUGUCCUAACCCCAAAGGUUGUCCUAAUUUUGGCCCUAACCCUACCCUAAACCUUAACUCUACAGUUAGCACUAACCCCUACUUUAUCCCUAGUUAUAACCUUAGAUAUAACCUUAAUUUCACUAGAAGUUGGCUAAAAUCCACCCGUACUGCAGACGGUGCCUAUUGCGAUGUCCUGUUUAAAGGGUCACAUAAGUCAUUCCUGCCCAGAAAACUAUGCAUUCACCCUGGAGGGUUCACUCUAGUCGUUCGCAUUACGACGACGACAAGAGUAAGAUCAGGUGUGGUGGCUGGCGGGAAAGCAGUCCACACACCAGUGCAGCAUGCAGACUACUUUGAGGUCCAGAACUGAUUAAUGAUAAAAGAAAUGCCAAUAUACUGUGCGAUGUUUAGGUGAUGUUUAUCUAAGUGUCAAGCAACACAGCUACUGACCUGUAACACGCCAACCUCUAUCCCAAUCAUGAAGCAAAAUAAUCGUAUUCUUCAUCAUAUAAUCCAAAACACUACCAUUACCUUUGUCAACCCGUAAGCUAAUAUAAUCGGCCGGUAUAAUUGCAUUCUGCUUUUCAAUAAAUCGGCCUCAACGUCUGCCUGCCGAAGGGGACAUUUCGGAUAUGUGCGCUGGUAUUCCUUCUUGCAAAUGGCCGCUGAAGUUUGUAGCAUUUUUAGGGCCAUUUCACGAGAAUACUCACAACCGACAGAGAGUGUGCCAGGAACUACACGAUAAUGGCCCGAACUUUCGGUUCUGCUUGGAAGGAAAGCUUUGCGUCCAGACCUCAGAAUUCCAUGGUCUGUAAUAGAUGUAUAAUAUGCCAAAUUUGACCUGUGAACUCUGGAUUCCACUCCACUAGCCAUGUGCUGGGUGUUGAGUUUUUCCAUUCGAAAGUACCGUAGGUCACGAGAACAGGGACCCGCGUAGUACAGGUGGCCUUUCGCUGAAUGCCAGGAGGGGGGGGGGUAAAUUUGAAGCUAGUGUUAGGGUUAAAUUCAGGGCACAACGAUAGGUGCCCCCCGGAAUUUUGCGUACGACCAUAUAUACAGUGGGUGACCGAUCUCAUGAAAUGUUGGCCGAAAUUCUGAAAUUAGUUUUCGGUUAGGAAAGAUUACUUAGGUUGGGUUGUAAUAUUCCUUAUCGUGCAGCAUAAUCUUACACUGCGUCGUACUCGCCAGGAGUUCGGCCUUUGAGUGCACUUCCUUUCGGUCUCCUGCAGGAACCGCGCUCGGCAAAAAUGACUACUUAAAUAGCAGGCAUUUUUUCACAUUAAUUUUCGAUGGUUUUAUAUAGUAAAAUAGAUUUCAUAGAAACAUGCGCAAAAUAUUAUUUUUUUGUUAGCUUUAUGGAAAACCACAUUGUAUUUGCGUUUUAUAGUCUGAGAAGGGGUCAUCUUUCGGUUUUAAAAAGUUUCUAUUUAUGAGAUUUCUAAGACCGUGCGAUGUCCAUACGCACAGCAUGGCGCAUAUCCGUUUACUAAUGCUCCUCAUGAAAUGUAUAACAUAAUCCGCAUCCAUUGAAAAACUUUAUGAACUCUAGAUAGUAUCUUCUUAGAGGGAUAAAGGAUUAUAUGAUUUUUCCUACGCCGAAAGCGCACGAAAAAGCCUUGUAGACUGAAAUCGCUAUACACUAAUGCAACGGCUGAUGAAGCCGAAAAUUAUCCGAGAACUAGGAAACGUUUUCAAAACAUAAAGAUACACUUUCUUCGGGUAUAAAGUGUGAAGACAGUGUGAUUGUCUACCAAAUGAGCAAAAAAGCAUACUUUUCUACAUAAUUUUCUAUGAGAUGUAUAGAAUGAAUGCUACUUAAGUAGUCAUUUUUUACCGAGCGUAGUUCCUGCAGGGGGUUAAAAAGACCUGCAUUCCAAGGCCGAUAUCCUGGCGAGGCCGAAAUACUAUCGGAUUGUGCUGCAUAUUAAUCAGUAUUAAAACCUCACUAAGGCAAUCCUUCCUAAUCGAAAGCGUGUUUCAGAAUUUCGGUCAACAUUUCAUGAGGUCGGUCAACCACCGUAUAUAUUCAUAUUCCCGUGUCCAGUUCAUGAAUGCUAAUCACAAUAAAACCCAGUUCAUCGGUUAGUUAGGAAAAAGAAUAACUAUUUUUAGUAGUCCUUGUUUUAAGGUUCGAUGGCCGCCAUCGAGCAGAGCGCAAUGUUUGUAGUCAUCCUAAACUCGAGACUAUAUCCGCCUCUAGGCAUGAACGCGGCCUCAGUACUGAGCAGUCAAGUGCAUCUUUCGACUAGGAAGGUAAAGUGUGAUAAAGCUCUGAAGUAGAUGUCUACAGCUCUGUCUUCUUCACAAGCAAAACGCGGAACUCUAAUCAGCUCUUCUUCACAAAAUGUGCCAAUUAGCCGACGUAGAGAGUGCUGAGCACGUUCAGAAACAACAAACUUCGACAUUCUCUUUGCAUCAUGUCCCAGUGUGAUUUACAGUUAAAGUCUACACUUGACAGAUAACAGAGGAGUAUUUUCUUUGUUGUGAGGAAAAUGCAAGAUUCCUUCACCCCUCAUGAAAACGACCAAUGAGUACUUAAUAAAUUGCUGCAAAUUAGAGUUCGGUCUCCAUCCUUUGUCAGUGUAAGGUCUGUGCCGUAAACUACAUCGGAAAUUUUUGUGCAGACUCGUAACGGGUCUUCUUAGGCAGCAUAAAGUCAGCGUAACACGUGUCUGGACCUUUGUUUAGCACUCAUGUUUGGAAGUUGCCUGAGGAACACAAGUGGAAGUUCAAGGCUUGUUAAGGAUAAAAUGCCCUUUCAAAUAAUUGUACAACAUACAAUUGCAAUCCAAAAUGCAGGGCAAUAUACAGUAAAUAAAGUAUGCUGAAAUAUAUUAAUUGACAGUUCGCAUUUUAAUCAUCGGGCAUGUCAAUGCUGAUCUUAUACUUGUUAGCAUAGAGCAUCUUAACAUGGCCAAUUAUCUCAUCAGCGGGCAAGUUAGUGAAAUCACGCCUCAGGUUUUUAAGAAGUGCGAGAUCAUCAAAAGAAACGAGCGAUCUAAUCGAUUUUAAGUAGAACUCAGAGCAAAGGCUUGUAUUGCGAUUCUUGAACUUACAGACGUGGAAUGUAGAUAAUUUCACUAAACUUGGAUGACUGAAUAGACAGAAGAGUCGGACAUGAAUACCAGGGGAAGUGGCCUCCUGCGGUUUAUGCGUGCGGUCAUCUGAAAACUUCAUGAAGAUCAAAGUCUAGAAGGCAGCGUGAGCUGCAACGAAAAGGGGACUCUGCUGCGGUGGGGUUCGUUUUUUCGAAAGUCAGCUUGCCCUGAAACACGGAUAUGUUACCCAGGAAAUACCCAAAGCAGCUGAUUCUGUUUUGUCUCUGCGGCUUUGCGGCUUCUAACAUUUGAAUAUCAACGUCACUGAAAGAACCAGGGCUUGCCUGGUUAUCUUACUAGGAAAAUUCUUCACCCGAAAGUUGCAGUCUUCCACUCGACUGAAGAAAGUGUUGUGCAAGAUAAGACGUCGGAAACAGUAGCUGCUGCGGAAGAAGACCUACAUGCAGGGCCUGUUACACUGAUUAUUAAACUUCAUUCUAUGCCGUCUUAAUGUAUGCAAGGAUGUUGGUUAGAGGGCGAAGGGCUCUCGAGCACAACAUAAGGGUUUCCUCUGUCAGCCAGACUGAAAUUAUUGCAUUCACACUGUCAAUUAUUGAAAAUUUGGUGAGACACGAAAACAGGAACUCCCCGUCGCGUAGGUACCUAUUCUCAUAUCGUAAUCUUAACCUUAACACAAACUUUAGCCCAAACCUUGACCCGAACUCUUCAACCCUAACGUGAAUCCUAACUUCGACCAUGACAUUAACGCUAACCUUGACCCUAACUUAAUCUCCCUGGAAUGUAGUGCAUCACGGAGGAGUUCCUAUUUCUGUAUCCUACCGGAUGUUUUUCCUCAAAUCCCAGGCCCUAAAAUGGUCCUCACUGCAGUCUGCCAGUAAGUUUCAUCCUUUGGAUAAGGGAAGUCUUCAGUGCGUUACAACUACAAGCGGGAGAUAUGCAGACAGACUACAUAUCAGACGAGUAAAAAGUCUCCUCAUUUAUACCUGAACGCGUUGUUCGUCAUUACUACAACUAAAACCAACAGCAGUAAUUAUUUGACGCAGGGAAUCCGGUUAUUCGGCUUUUGUCUAUCCGACUGGCUGAGCGCGCUAAGUACCCUCACAAAAGGGGCUUAUGUGCUGACGAACUGUCGUCACAUCUACAUUGACCUUGUGGGGUCAAGUACACCAGGUAGGCUUUUUCGCCCUUGCUUUCUCAGAGAAGGACCAUUCGCACUUAGAACUCGUCAGCUUUAGGAUUUACUUCCAAGACGGCGGAUCUGAAUGAAAGAAAAACGCUACGAAACAAACCUUUCCACAGGUUCCUCGCUAACUUUGUGUGAACUGUCUGGGGCUGUUAUUUAUCAUUGUCAGCAGGAUGUCGUCGUGACCGAUGAUGUCCGCCGUGUGCCCUAUUGCAGGGUGAGAGUAGACACGGUCACUUGCGUUUGAAUUACUUUAUGGAAAUAGUAGGCUUGCGCAGCGUCUACCGCACACCCUCUUCCCCACGUCCCACCUGGACCCGGCGUCAAGACAGAGUUAAGAAGACGGAGGGCAGGAGAGGGCGCUGGCGGCUGGCACAGCAUGAACCCGCACCGAGGCGUACCACCACACCCCCUGGUCUACACUGAACACUUGACCAGGACUUGAACAACGACAACUACUAUGGGGAUUGGUCCGGAGCCCAUUUGGUGCAGCGUGAGCCUGCAACUGGGCCUGCCACCACACCCCCAAAUGUUGACAUUUGUUAUGGUUGCGCAGUUCCGAAAACGCCUGCUGGCCUCCGAUCUAGCUCCUGUGCCGGUCCAGGACCUCUGGUCCAGAACAACCACUUGACCAGGAUAUUAAACAACAAAAUGAACUGGGCAGAAGAGCAGGGAUGACUGGGCAACCAUGCACACGACGUGUAUACCCAGCGGGAGCGCAAGCCCACCUAUCGCUGUCGUCCAUUACCCUUUGACAAACCAAUAGACUUAGCGUCACCUCCGGUCGCAAUGGUUCACUAUGGCCAACGGCCCAAGUGAGUCAGUGGGAAGGUGAUAAUCAAGUCCACCACCAUUAUAAACAAAUUCAAAUGCAAAUCACUGUCCUGGCCCAUCACUCCGUAGGGCAUGCGGUGGACAACAUGGUUCGCGAUGGUUGAACUAUCGGCAUUUGAGGGUGCGCCUACGAACAAAUGGGCCAAUGGUGUGUCUGCAAGUUACAGGAUGACAGUUCGAGCAUCGAUUCCUACGAUGUUCACCGUGUGCUACACAGCAAGGUGCAGAAGGCACGGUGGCUUGCGGGUGAAUUAGUUUAUAAUGAUAGUAGACUUGCGCAGCGUCUACCGCACACUCUCUUCCUCACGCCUCACCUGGACCCGGAAUCAAGACAGAAUCAAGAGGAGAGGAGAUAGGGGAGGGCACAGUUGGCUGAUACGACCAGAACCCGCACCUAGGCGUGUCACCGCACCCCCUGGUCUACAACUUACAGUGACGAGGAUUUUACAAAACGAGUAAAGUAGGGGGCGGCACAGAUCCCAAUUUUCACGGUAUCCGCUUGCCACGAGGUCUGCCGACACAAACCCAACGUUGACAUUUGUUAUGGCUACACAUUUCCAAUAACGUCUGCUGGACUCCCCUUUAGCCCUGUUUUGGUCCAGCAAAUUUACCACAUUUUUCAUUUUAGGGCAUAGGAUUCUGUCAAAAGUAAUUAAAGGAUUUACUGCCAGAAUUCAGCAGAUUUAUUCUUUUACCAUCACAAAACUGUAUGAACUUCCCUAAACUGCUUCAUUUAAAUUUUAGUUUCUUGCAAAUACCUGGGAUCCGGUUCUUCCCGCUCCACCUCCCCCUCCACCACCGCAUUCGCCCUGGUCACCUCCGCAACACUAUUCAGAAGCCUUCCAACAGAAUGAGUUUUGGAAUAGGCCAGAAAACUACCAUCCGGAGUUCCACGAUACCUCCUUAUACGACAUGCAUGCCGGCCAGCGCACAGAUCAAACGGGUGUCUAUAAGGAAUAUCACGAGUUUCAGGUCACCGAUAACACCCCCAAGGAGCCGGAACACCACCGACACUAUCAGCAGCACCACCAUCACCAGCAACAGGAACAGCCGCAACACCACCACAACCACUACCACCAAAAUCACCAUAUGCAUCAUCAACAUUAUGAACAACAGCAGCAGCAGCAGCAGCAGCAUCAGGAGCAAAGACCGCAGCCACAACACGAACAACAACAACAACAGCAGCAGCAUCAACAACAACAGUACUCACAUUCCCAUGGACAAGGCGAAGGUGAUCAUUAUUGGGAGAAAGAGAACCGCCGCUGGCCGAAUUCUGAGCGCGCACAACCCAGCAGCGCGCUCGAGCAAAACACAGCGCCCCCGGUCCCGGAGGACGAAUCUCGGUGCAGACUUUGUCACCCGGACCCUCCAACGGACAGUCAACCGCAGGCGCCGGCCUCGAUGACAGAGGAGACAGUCGCCACGGUAGCACCAGAGGUGACAACCCCUCUUUACUACGCUCCACGAACCACUUGCUCUGAGUGCCUGCGGGAGAUGAAGUGGAGCCGACACUACAUAGACCCGAUCAACCGACACCUGAUGCCUGAAAUCCUUCCACUGUCGGCUCGGUCGGCCACCCGACUGAGGAUCCGUCCGCGCUCGCUCCCCCUGGGAUUGGCCAAGUUGCAGUACUUUCAGCCGACCUCCCCCGGCAUCAGCAGUACAGAGGGCCAGGUAUUGCAGGAGAAGAAGGUGGAACCUGAAAGGCUGGAAAGGUCGGAGCAUGCACCUCGUGUUAACUCCCGUCAGAAAGUGGCCCAUAGCAAGUUGCAUCAAGUUCAGAAACCGAGACCGCAAGAAAGUACUGGCAAAAAGCGAUCUUCCAGAACGGCUAAAUCGAAGCUCUCUGGUGAGGCCGUCGCGAAGGAGACGCCUUUUAUGCGUCUCAUUCUGGAAGACCCCUGUACAAAACGGAAUGGGAAACCUAGGCCACCGACCCUGAAAACUCUUCCAGACGUUAAGAAGCCAAUUGAGGCAGUCCAGCAAGAAGGUAUUGAGCCUCCAAUGUCGGUUCCUUCUGAUGCGACAGGCGCUGCUGGCGACAGGUCGUCUUUGGCUAAGAAAAAAGGUUUGCCAGUUGUCAGUUUAAUGAACAUAUCCUCCCCUGAAAAAAUAGCCGAAGAGGGGAAAUCGAGUACUGAGAGGACAGCAAGUCCAUUUUCCGGAAAAAUUCCCUCUCCUGUCCAAACAGCCAGACCGAUCAAAUUAACUUCCUCGAAAGGCGACACGAUGACCAUAUCCACUAGAGGCGAGACCAAGCAUACAGCCACUUUCCCGAAACUCGAUGUUACACAGGAAGCUAGUGGGCGGAAGAAAACAAGGACGAAUGAGGACACAAGACAACCAAUACCUGCGUCAUCACCAGGCCCCAUUUUUCCCCGACUGGACAGGGGAGAAAAGUCACCUGCAGCAGCUGUUGAAGCAGCCGGUCCAGAGGGUGACGGUUGGCGUGAAAAUGAGUCUUUGAUAAGUCCGGAGUCAGAUACUCAUGCAAAACGGGAAGCGCCAUCGGGUCGCAUCAAGAAAAGUAUUGGGUCCUUGAAUUCACAGGGGAUGAAGCCGAGCCGCAGCAUUCCGCAGAUGGUAAGUACGCAAUGUGCUGCUCUGUGUCAUAUGCAUAACUAUCAUCUGGUGGACUAGUGGUGGACAAUAAGAAUUCGAAAAAGAGACGAGUUUUUGUAAGAUGGCAGUUGAGCUAAGUUCACUUAACUGAAUCCGCCGUCAGCUUAAAAAAAUACUGUCAUAUCAUUUCUGUGGCCCACCGGUAGGACGCGGGAACAGGCAUCCCGUACUACAUCUGGUUGUGCGCUAAAUUUGAGAGUAACUAGGGUUAAUCUUAAGCUUAGUCUUAAAGUAAUGGUUCAGCCCGGGCAAGAAUUAGGGUCGCCUUUGUGUUUUGGACUGGCGUUUGGGUAAGAAAAAGAGAAUAGGCAUCAUAAGUUAAGAAGGAGAAGAAGACGAAGAAGAAGAAAAAGAAGAAGAAAAACUCGUGCAAGAGGCCAGCAACAGAACAAAACAUAGUUAAACGGUAUGUAAGCCAAUCAUCGACUGACUGCGCCGAUGCCAGAUCAAUAAAUCGAUUGACUGAGUCUCGUCCGAGACCCAGAAUUUAAUCAAUUCUCGGCUUGUUUGUUUCCGGCGUGGACGACUAUUUUGGUGGCUGCGACGUUAAGCUCAUGACCCGUUUCGUUGGUGCGGGCGGCCACUUGUGAUAGUGCGUCGUCUCGUCGGAGAGCCAGCUUAUGUUCCUGUAUGCGUGAUCCGAGCUUGCAUCCAGUCUGGCCUGGGUAGUUAUAAGGACAGUUUUGGCACGGGAUGCGACACACUACUCCAGAUUGCUCCUUAGACUUUAACCGGUCUUUGAUUUUCAUGAUCUUACUGCGCAUGGUGGCUUUGGGGUGGUGUGCAAUUCCAACACCUAGUUCCACAGCAAUGCGCUCGGUUGCUACUGUAAUGUGCUUGAUGUAUGACGGAAAAUACCAUAUGGCGGUCCUCUGGACGCGAUCGCGACUUAUGAAUGACUUCGGAUAGCCAUUUAGCAUAAACUGGUCGCGGAGAUAGCGGGCCUCACAUGCUCGUUCCUACGGUUUGCUGCAAUAAGUUUGGAUCUGUUUGAAGAGCGCCUUCACACUGCUUCGUUUGUGUGCCACCGGAUGGUUACUGUGAAAACUGAGAAGCUGUGUGAUGUUCGUUGCCUUCCUAAAAACCAUCGUUUGAAAUUCAUCGUUAAGGUUCCGUCUGUCGUGAACAUCCAGGAAAGACAACUGCUGUUCCUGUUCUUCUUCCUUCGUGAAUUGUAUAUCAGGGAAGACUGCGUUGAGUAGGUUAUGGACGUGUUGUAACAUGUCCUUCUUUACGAUAACAAACGUGUCGUCUACGUAACGACGCCAAACUACUGGCUCAUGUCGGAUGAAGGCAAUCUUUUCUAACUCCUGUAGGACCAGCUCUGCUACCAAUCCGGAGACCAAUGAGCCCUUUGGAAUUCCCUAGAUUUGUUCAUAGCUUUCUCCAGCAAAAGUAGAGAAAGUUUGCUGGCAGAAUUUAAACAACCGUAUGAGGUGUUCAAUUUCGAGAGCAUUCUGAGUCUCGUCGUGCGCCUCCUCAAGUCUCUUGCGCAAGACUUCGCGGACCAAGUUUGGUAGGAUGGGUGUUCCGGUGCUCGACCAUCCUUCUUCAUUUAUAUAUACACCUGGAACUCGAACCUUCGUCUUCAAUAGGAACCAUUUCUGGAAUUUAGCAAAAGACCACCUGCAGUACCGGGGUGAGGUGUUCCUACUCCCGUGUCCUGUAUGGGGAGGGAGGAGUAGCAUGUAAAUGAUUCUGACCGAAAAUAACUUUUAAAAAAUACUGACUUUGUUAAGUAAUUUCUUUGCCAAGGUAAUAACUUAGAAAGCGUCAGAGAAAUUUGGGAAAUCUACCACCAGCGGUUAUAUACAUUUUUUGGUAGGACAACGGAGUCCGGACCCAGUGUACUGCAGGUGGUCUUGCGCUAAAUUCCCGGGCAGUAUAGCUAGGCAGUAUGUUUUUACCGACAAAGACGAGGGAGACUGGAAUGGGCACUUUCGGCUUAUCAGCCGUCACCAGUCAGUCAUACCCAGCCCCGAAGUGUGGAACACCCGAGGCUCAAAUUCGUGACCUGUUAGUUAGAAAUGCAGACUUCUAACCACACGGGUGUUCCACACUUCGGUGUUGGGUAUGACUGGCUGAUGAUGACUAAAAAGCCAGAAAUGGCCAUUCCAGUCUCCCUCGUCUUUGUCAGUAAUGCCAUGCUGUCUAUAUCAUGCGCCGCUGUGCGGCUGCUGGUUGGGCUCGAGAGAGAGCCCGUAAGACACAACGGAACGAGUGAGUUAGGUAAGAACGAUAGUUGAACGUCCCCUACCAUUGUAUAUAUUCCCGAUCGAAACCGACAGGGCAACGGGCUCGUGAUCCAGUGGUUAGAGGUGUGGACAUUUAACUAACAGGUCGCGAGUUCGAAUCUCGGAUGUUGCACACUUCGGCGUUGGGUAUGACUGGCUGACGACGGCUUAUAAGCCAGAAGUGGCCAUCCCAGUCUCCCUUGUCUUUGUCGGUAAUAACAUACUGCCUACAUCAUGCGCCACUGUGCGGCUGCUGGUUGGGCUCGAGAGAGAGUCCAUAAGGCACAACGGAACGAGUGAGUUUCGUAAGAACGAUCGUUCAGCGACCCUACCAUUAUAGUUAGGAUUAGGGUUCGAAACAGGGUUAUGCGUAUAGUUAGGCUUAUGGUUAGGGUAAGAACGCGGAAAUAGGUACCUCUCUGAAACUUAGUCGCAGACCAGCUGAAAUAGUGCGCAAAAAAGCACUUAUUUCCGUGUGCAUUCCUUUUUUUUCUCUUGGCCACCUCCUGAGAGAAAUUACGGAUUCGAGUUUAUUUUUCCUACCAACUUACGCAAAGUCCUUAAUGGAGGACGCAAAUAAGAAUAAGGCGAAACAACGGAAAUAGAGAAAUAAGACAAGACGCCAGAACCCUAUCAUAAACCCCUAUUGGGACUGUGGUUAACUACCGUCUGCUCGAGUGAGUUUAGUUUCACAUAACUCGGAAGACUACCCACGCAUAUAUAAACAGGACCCCAGUAAUAACAUAAGCCAAAUACGGGAACCAGUGUUACGGUCGCUGCCAGUUACUGGCAGACGUUAGUCGUUACCCAUUAUCACUUUCCACUAUCGCGUUACUGAGUGCAGGAGGCCAAUUAUGCAACGCUGAGAAUCUGUGAGAAAUCUUAUGAGUGCGUUGUCUGCGUCCUAUUUUGAUACUGAUAAUCUAUGAAGCGUUUUGCGCCUUGACAAAUUCCCCGUCUAUAAAUUUCCAGGGCAUUCAAUGAAACAAUAGGCGUUCUUUAUUACUUGAAUAGACGAAUGCUAUUCAUCUUUGCGGCUUUUACAAAUUAGACAAAACGAGUACCGUUCUCCUCCAAAACCUUGCAUUACAAAGGAAUUGUGAACUGAGACCGCCAAAUGCCCUUGAGGCAGAUAGGUACGUUUUCGUAAGCACGGACUUUAAACAUUUCACGGCUUCUAAAAUCUUCUCUCCUGCACUUCCUCGUAGAAUCGAGAGGAGACAGCACACCUCUGCGAACGACACAGACCACGACCACCACCGCCGGAAUGGAAAAUGUACGCGUGGGAGAGGGGUGAAAUCGACUACAUGGGGGCGGACAGGUUCUCUAACAUCCUCGCCCGAAUUCGUUCCACCAUACAGGCAGUCGAUGUUGACAAUCUGCCCAUCGGAACUUGGCUUUGA